AAUUAUUUAAUGCUUAUUUUAGACCUUGCUAUAUUUUGAAUUCACCAUGGAUAACAAUUUUGUAAGCGAUGAAAAUGUGCAGAUGAUUCUUGCAAUGGGGUUUCCUUCUGAAUCUGAGGUUCGAAGAGCCCUGCGCAUGGCUAAGAAUGAUCCAAGUGAUGCUGUUGCCAUUUUGACAAACGAACCACCCUCUUCAUAUGAUGGCGUUGAAGAGAUGGAUGUUGACCUAAAAGAUGGAACCAUAUCAUCAAACAGAUCGUAUGGACCCCAGUUGCCACCAUCUUAUGAAGAAGAAGUGUGUCAUGACACAGGUGGUCAGUUCACAACUAAAAAGGUGUGUUACAGUACAGUAUGCUCACUAUAGUACUAGUUUUUCUGACAACUUAUGGGUGAAGUAACUUUGCUAUACAAAGGGGCAUUAGCAUCAGUAAGCCCCAUGAUUUUAAAUGGCUAUCAUACUAUGAAGGUUACCCUCCCUCUCUCUUUUCAUACUUUUUCUACUGACUCUUACUCUUAGUCUUAGUGUAGCCUACUCUUUACUCUGACAUUGAGGGCCUAAUCCAGGCCUGCGCAACUUACAUGCGGCCCGCCAGCACCCACUUUGCGGCUCAUGAAGUAACAAAAUAUUCUUUAUCAUCAUUUAGUAUUUUCUUAAUAGUUUUCCCCCUUGUACUAUUUUCUUUUGGCUGGCAAAAAAGUUUUUCAUGAAGUAUUUCGGCCUGCAUUACAUUAUGAGUUGUGCAGGCCUGGCAUAAACUAUUGCAAAUAGUUUGUUUUGAUUUAGCAAAUACUAAGAAUUCAAAAUCGGCCAAAACUUUUUGUUCACAUUUCUAUGAAUGAAUGCCUUCAAAUUUACACAUAUUCUGUAAAUUUGAAGUUAACGGUAUGGGUUUGCCAAGAGUUGUCUCACCUAACUGCAGUGGCAUCACUUGGAGGAAUCCCAACACUGGACUCAUGGUGACGGGACAAUCGAUGGACCUGAACAAUGAGAAUGAUAACUUCCGGUUCUUCGCCAAGCGUUAUUUGCAUCAAAAAUAUAACCUGACGAUCAAUACAGUUAUUAUGAAAUAAUUUUUAAUGAAAUUUUCCAUUCAGUUUAUUAAAAUUCAACUUACAUGUUCCAAAAGAAAUAAAAAGGAAAAUCAUCCUUGCUGAGACUCCAAGAUCAACACCGGAAAAAGAUGUGCGCAUGGCUAAAAUGGCUGUUUUUUUAAUGGUUGAAAACAAAAUACCCAUAUGCCACCCAUUUAUAUAAUUAUAAUGUUGCAAUUUAGCGGGACAUAUCAACAUAAUUUUCUGGGGAGGGGAAACUCCCCCCCCCCCCCCCCCUUUCCCAAUUUCAAUACAAAAAUAAGAAAAAUAAUAAUGGCUAAAAUGGCUGUUUUUUUAAUGGUUGAAAACAAAAUACCCAUAUGCCAACCAUUUAUAUUAUUAUAAUGUUGCAAUUUAGCGGGACAUAUCAACAUAAUUUUCUGGGGAGGGGAAACUCCUCCCCCCCCCCCUUUCCCAAUUUCAAUACAAAAAUAAGAAAAAUAAUAAUUUCUAGAGAUGGGAGACCCCCCCGCCCUAUCUUUUAAGGCAUAAUUUCAAUCUUUUAGAAAAUGAGGGGACAAAACGUAUCAAAUAAAUACAUAGGUAAAUUUUGAAAUGUUUUGAGAAAUGGUACCUGGUGUUGACCUGGGGGACACCCAUCAUGACCUAAAUACCAUGGAAGACAUUGACGGCCCAGCCGCUAACUGCAUUUUAGUCCAAGUAUUCUUGUAUGUGGGAGUCUCGACAUGUUCCUGCAAUAGUAGGGUAUACCCUGUCUCUAUUUCUACCAAUUAUCAUUCAGCUAGGACAUUGUGGAUGAAAGAUAAAACUUUUCAUAAAUUACUUUGAUAUGCACUGACAAGCUGCAAAGGCUUAUGGCAUCACCAUACAUGACGCAUCUUAAUGAAGAUAGAUUAUCAGAGUUAUAUUGCUUAUCUUUGCUAGCUGUAUCUGGUAUCUAAUCAAUAUAAAAAGUAAUUGAAAAAAAAAUAUUAUUAAUAUCAAUUAUUAGGCCUACUGACACUAAUGUAAAUAAGACAGCUGACAUGGAAAAUUAAGAAACAGGUUAUGCUGCGACUUACAGUUAAGUUAUGCGGAUGUUAUUUUAUGGAUACCCAGUAACAGCAAUACUAGUUGAAAAAAUCUGGAGACAUAAUGAGACAUUGCUUAUUGUAAAAAAAAAAACUGUUAAAACUCACAUUUCACAAAUUUAUAGCUACCAGGAUAAAGCGAGAACUUGAUUCUGGUAGGCAUUAUAUUUAAUCAUUUAUUACAUAUCAAAGGGAAAAUUUGACAUGAAUGCACCAUUAAAAUAAUAAUACAGAUCUUUUAAUCUUUUGGAAUAGGCCCCAUGUUACCAGAAAUGGUCCUAGGGAAAGCUGCCACAACUUACACUCCUCUACCAGCUAAUUUGCUGAAUACUUAUAUUUAUAAAUGCACUCUAAUGUAGGCAGUUAUUUAAAUUGCAUGUGAAAUCUUUGCAUUCUUCAUCUGGAUGUUACUUGUAUAUUCAUUAUUAAUCUAAUCAUGCACAAGUAAUUAAAUGUAAUAAAAAUUAAUGUAUUCAAUUAGGCCUAGUCAUUGUGUAAAAUAUAAGACCAUGGUAAACAGGAGAACACAUGUAACAUAUAACAUGUUAGUUUGUGCUAUUUGAGUCAUAUCAAGAUAACUUGGAAAAUGACAGAAAAAAUAAGAGACAUAAUUGCACAUAAAGUCUAGUUAUUUAAUAUUAGAGCCCUAAACAUUGUCUUUAAUUUGUUACUUUGUCUCCCCAUCUCUGUCUAUUUUGUAAAGAAACUGUGCUGGAUGAGAAAAUGGGCACACAACCCUUAUAUUACAAAUGAGGGUGUACCAAAAAUGGACCUCUUGAGCUGUAAGGGAAAGACAACUCUUCUAAUAAAGAUCCAGCUAACACAGGGGUCUCAAACUCAAAUCAUCCGGGGGCCGCAAGAGGUAGAGUCUGAGUGAGACUGGGCCGCAUCAAGAAAAAAAAAAAAUGAUAUCAAAUUCAAUAAAGUACAACUGGUGCAGUCUGCUCAACCUUUAUUAAUAACAAAAUAAAACAUUAAGGGUUCUCAAGACCUAGGCUUCACUUUCUUCCCCCUACUCCUAGUUGCCAGAGACCUGGCAGAGUUUCUUCUUACACAACUGAGCAACAUUUGGCUAGAGUGAAGAAGCCACUGAGACCCUCAGUAUAGCUUGAAGAUGCUCAUCAGUAAUUUCGCCCUGAACUUUGACUUGUUAAAUUUCAUAGUUGGAAAAGAGCUUUUCAUACAGAUGGGUACUCCCAAAAAAGCACAUGAUCCGCUUGAGCAACCUGGAAAUCUUAGUGAAGGUGGAGUGCAACGCUCUCAUAAAUUGUCCAUGCUUGUCUGUUUCUCCAUUCACUCCCUUAACUUAGAAUUGCACUGAAGAUCAAUCCGCUCCAUUUAAAACGCAAGUUAUGUGGGGGGGUGUUAAAAAAAUUUGAAAAGUGGCACUGUGUGUUUUGAAAUCUAAAAACAUGCGAUCAUAUCCUUCCUGUAGCUUUGCAAUGGCAUCAGUAUACUCACUACUGAAUGAUGUCUCUAAAUCCAUGAGUACUUUUCAUUUUGGGAAAUGGCAGAGGUUUCUCAAAGAACCAUAACACAAGUCCGUGCAGAUUGCGCGACAUUGUCAUAGGCAACACUGACAAGCCACCCCUGAUAAGCAAUUUGGUUCACGUAGUACAGGAACAACCACCCCAUCCUUCUCCAUGAAGGCUUUGAAGGCUAAAACGUGUUCAAACAUUAGGCAGGAGCAGGCAAUAUUUAUGAAAUAUUGAUGUGAAGGCAGAUGCUAUUGUAGGGAGAAUGAAUUUUUAUUUUUUUUAUCGCAGAAAAGGGGCCUUUUUUGACUAAACCUAUUUUGAAGUGGAACCAAGCUGUCAUGCUUGAAAUUUCCCUCACUCGUUGACAGUAGGGGCACUUUUAAUAGGGAUUCUUUGAUGCUGUGGCUACGAUUUACACAAUUAUGGUUGUGCAUUACCCACUAACUGACUUUUAAAAUGUUUCUGAAAACCACACUUUGGCCAUGUUUAUUUCAUAAAAUGCUAUAAAAUAAAAACUUUUAGUCCGGUUUUGAAACAGUUUUUACCAUUAUAAUCAACGUCCAAAUCUAUGCAAACAUAAUAAAAAUCAGAAUUAGACUAGUCGUGAGAUUCGACCAAAACUGUCACGGGGAUCACAUUAUAGACAUGAGAACAGGGAAAACUCGCGGGCCGCAUUACACUAAAAUUUGCUGUCAUGUGGCGGGCAACAAAAUAUCUUCUUGUGGGCCCCAAAUGGCCCGGGGGCCGCGAGUUUGAGACCCCUGGGCUAUCAUGAAUCUCUUACUAUUUACUAAUUAAAAUGAUGUGGCAUGAAAUCAUGCGUUAGGCAUCCUGGCAAAUUGGAAAAUGGAAAUUACCAAACUUAUAAUAUUUUCUAAGAAACAUAGGCUGGAUGGAUUUUGUGAUGAGAAAAAAUUUCAUAACAGUAUUUAGUAAAACAAAGUUCAUAAUAAUUUGUUUUUACAUUUUAAUGUGUAUAAAGUAAUAAAUAAAUAUUUUGUACUUGGUAGACUGAUCAGCUUACUUGUGAAGCAGCAGCUAUGGAUGAAGCAAGCAACAUGGAAUUUCCUGUCACUAACCUCUAUGAAUUGGAGGGACGUGUGUUCACAGAGAUGUGGAAUAUUCCCUUUAAAAAAGAAGAAUCAUUAGGGAAAUGUCUUAUUGCUUCAACGCGACUUAUGGAAGCUGGUAAACAAAACAGAACUCUUUUUAAUCUUUUGAAAAUGUUACCUUGUUAAAUGGACACUUAUUAUAAAUUGACAUUUGUAUAAAGUUAGUAAAGAUUACAUAAAACUGUAUUAAAACAAGAGUUUCUGGCUUGCAGCAAGUCUGCUAGAUUUGUAAACACUUCAUGGUGCCCCUGUGAGGAAGUCAUGGCUGCGCAGGGUACUGUGGAAUACAGUUUUGGAACUUCUGUGUUAACCCAUUGUUUACUAAGAAUGUCACUUUAUCAAAACAAAUCAUUUCUCUCUUUCAUCAAUGUUUCUAAUGUCACAGGCAUGAUUCAGUUUAUUUACUUCUAUGAGUUUAUAUAAUCCUAAUAUCCCUAUAAGUUUAUAUAGUCCUAUAUAUUUAUUAUUUAUCCUAUGUGAUCAUCUUAAGAAUUUGCUGGGGAUUCUGUUUUUUAUAUUUGUUCAUUAUCAAUAUCAAUAGACAAUGUCUGCACUCUAGCAGGAAACCAUUAAUUUUUUAAUGUAAUAUAUUUUUUAACAUAAGUAAAAGCAGACUACUACUCUAUUCUCUAAAGGUUUAGCUGAGAGUGAUGAGCAUUGUAAACGCUUCAUUGACCGCUGCAUGCCUGAAGCUUUCAACAAGGUAAUGUGCACACUGAACCUACGACCCUACGAAACCCCACAGCAAUAAAAAAAAAAAUCCCAACGGACACACUUCCUGAUUAAACAUACAGGAAUUUUAAUUUCAUAGUUUUGGCACACAAUUAUCCAUUUUAGGGAUCUGAUUUUUUAACUUUUCACCUGUUGUUUUUUUAAUUUGUUAGAGAUACUUUAUUUUAAUAAAUGUCGCUAUAUAUAAAUUUAUUUAUUUUUUAAAUGGUAGUUACUGGAUGAAAAUAUGAAAAGUUCAUCUGUUUAAAAAGAAAAAUUAGUUUUGUCACAACGGUUUAUUUUCUUUUCAGCUUUUAACAUCCAAUGCUGUUCACAAGUGGGGUAUAGAGAUCCAAGAAGGCAUCUUUAACAUGCUUGGGUUGCUAAUAGAAUUGGUUGUAGCUUCCCUGAAACAACCUACUGUUCAUCCUAUUCUCAUGGACUGUCUAAAAUUGGUAAGAACUUUGGCUAUUCCAUCUUUUUUGUUACAUUGGAAUUAAUUAUUCUUUAUUGAUUAUAAUUUAAAAAAACAGUUGAGGCUGCUAAGAUUUUUCAAUGAGCAUUUGAAAUUGUGGGGUAAUAUUUAUAGAUGGAAAUGUGUUAAUCAAGGUUGGGGUAAACUUGAGAAACAUCAAUUGUGGAUGCAUGUUUUGGAAAUCAAUUUUAAGGAACUUUCAUACUUUUUCUCAUACAGUUUUUUUUCUCAGGCCUUUAGCCCAUAAACUGAAUUUUCAAUUAGUGAGUAUAUCUUUAUGUGUUCACUCAGGCCUUUAGCCAUGAUACUGAAUUCCAAUUCGUGUAUAUAUCAAAAUGUUUUCUCUCAGGCCUUUAGCCCAUAAACUGAAUUUUCAAUUAGUGAGUAUAUCUUUAUGUGUUCACUCAGGCCUUUAGCCAUGAUACUGAAUUCCAAUUCGUGUAUAUAUCAAAAUGUUUUCCCUCAGGCCUUUAGCCCAGAUACUGAAUUUCAAGUGAAAAACCAAAACAAGAGAGACAGUAGAAUAACAUGGGAGGAGAGGUUUGGGGGCACUGAACCACCAGCUACCAUUUCAUCAAGUGCCCACAAGAAUAAUAACGUAGGUUGACUUGAGAAGCAAUUCUUACAAACAAAAAUAAAUGCUGCCAUCACAUGUUAUUAUUAUAUUGUUUCAUUUAUUUUGAAAUAUAUUUUAUAUUUCUUAAGUCUUAAAGCAACAAAGCAUUUACUAAAACAAUUUACUUAAAUGAAAUUAUAUUGUCAUAAAAAUUGUAUUCCACCUAUUUUUGCUAAUAAUGUAUAUUUAUGUUGAUCACCGCAGACUCCAUACGGCUGGUUGACCAAUCUAAUCAACACAGUAAGUCAUGGUAGCUUGUUCCCUUUUUAAUUAACAAAAUUGUUAAAAUUGUAGUAUAAAUUUUACCGUAACAAAUUUUUUUUUAAAUUAUACAAUUUUCAGAAUGAUAAAACUCCUCAAUUUCUUAUUCUUUGUUGUUACUUGUCUUGUCUACCUAAGAAAGCAUCCAGGCAAGACAUUCUUUUAAUUGUCCUGUCUUUAUAUUUCAAGGCUUUUCAAAUAUUGUUCAACUAUUUCGUAAAUUAAAUGAUGUAAUAUUCUACAAAGCAUAGCUCUAAUGAUAAAUUUCCAAUGUUAAAAAGUAUAACUCUUUAAAUACAUUUCUAGUGCUCCAGAUUUGUAGAUGCAUUUUUUUUUAAUGAAAAAGCUUAGUUUAUAGAGAAUUUCCACUUUGUAGGUCUCCUCGGUGAAUGAACACUUAUGUGAAUAACUGUAAUGAAUGAGUGUAGAUUUUCAUAGUGAAUGAACUCAUUUGAAAAGCUGUAAUGAAUGAAUGAUGUACUUGUUUAAAUAUGUAUACUGACCCAUUGAACUUUUUAGUGUACAUAACAUAAAAAGACCCCAGAAGAAAAGUUCCAUAUUACCAUUGACUGUUUAUUUAUCAGAGCAUGAAAUAUUAAUUCAAUCAAUUAUGAUUUUAUUUCUUUGUUUAGUUUGCAUUUCAAGAUGGCUUUGAUCUGGUCAAAAAGCACUUAGAUUUAGAAGAUGUUGAUAUUUUGGUGAGUCAAAUUUGAGUUCACAUUGUUUUAGGCAUUGAAUUUCACUCUGUUGAAUAAUUACCAUUGACUGUAGAAAAAUUUAAAGAUUGAAAUGCACAGCAUAAAAGUUAAGAAGUUAUUUUUUUUUUUUAAAUCUUGACAGAACAUGUCAUUGUUGUUACGGCCAUUUGGGGCAUGUGCUGAGUUCUUAAGUCCAACUGUGAUGAAAGCAAUGUUACGACCAGGCAUGGAGAAAGCUGUUAAAACAAUACAGGCCCUAGAAGAAAAAGAUUUCAAAGAAAAGGUUUGUCAAGAUUCUUCUCGUAUUAUUUCCCAUGGGGGGCUUAUCCAAAAAUGGUUUGUGUUAAAAGAUUAUGUUAACCAAGAUUUUUCUAAAAGUUAUUUCACACUUUAUAAACCCUUGCAAGGAAUGACGUUUUUUUAGGUUGAAUGUUAAAAUAAACUGAAAAAUAAUUUUGGCACAUGUCGAGGAUAGAAGUUUUAUUUACCAGAAGUGCAAUUGGUAUCCAUCAACAAAGAGACUAAUUUAAAUACACUAUUGAUAAGUAUAAAUAAGACAAAUUAAGUGACAGAGUAACAAAGGGGUUACUUUUAUUUAUAUAUCACAUAACACGAAACAAAUAAAAUGAAAUCUAUAUAAAACAAAUGCCAGGUAAAAUAAUAAGUCUUGUUCAGAAUGAACUAAACAACAACCAUCUAAAAAAUCUUGACAAAACUGUCAAGUUAGAAUAGUUGUUGUAAUUAUUUAAGAAUUUUAUCCUUCAGAACAAAAAAAUAGUAUUUUAAAAUACUUACAUUUUUUUUUACCUAAUGAAAUCUUUUUGAAAAUCCUCAACAAUAAUUAGUUAGAUUAAUCUAUUCAACUUAUUUCUUAAUUCCCAUGGGUUAUCUCCAGAAAAUCGGCAGUGUUUCAGAUCUGUUGAGUUCAAUGAAGUUGCUGUGCCUGCAGAUGUGGCCUCUGGAUGUGGAUAAACUGGAUGAUCUACGUCUGACCGUUACACUAAGAAUGCUGAAGUCACCUCAUUUUAAUGCUAAAAUGAAUGCUCUCAAAGAGGUGUGUUUGAAAAAAAAUUUGUUCUCAAAUCUGUUUUUUGAGAGGAGCCAUAAAUUUGUCAUUAGUUUAAAUCAGUUUCAAAUGAAUGUGUGUUAUUGUAAUUCUAUUCUAUGAAAUAAUCUUUCAAAAUAUUUAGAAGUUGCUAGUCUAGUUUUAGAAUUUGUAUUCUCUUUAGGAAAUCAUAAUGGCAAAAUGAAUGAUUCAUGUUAUUUCUUGGGGAUCAUUGAGUCACUGUCAUAGUUUGAGGGAGGGGGGGUGGGUAUAUUACUUAGGGGCUUUUCCUGAAAGUGUGAUGGUGUGGGUUAAGCCAACACACAGAUCCCCUGGGACAAUCAUCAACUAGAGCAACCUCAGUACAAGGGAGAGUACCAAGGAGUACUGCCCCGUAUUGAUAAAAAUGGAUUGACUUUUACUCACCCUCCCAAGAUCUCUCUAGAGGCAAAGAGGAAUAGAUUACAGUUACCCUUCCAAUUUGUCAAUGUACAAGUGAAAGUCUUGUAUGUUCUUUAUAAGGGACAGGUUUAGUAUAAGUGAAAGGCUUGUAUGUUCUAUAUAAUGGACAGGUUUAGUAUAAGUGAAAGGCUUGUAUGUUCUAUAUAUUGGACAGGUUUGAUAUGAGUGAAAGGCUUGUAUGUUCUUUAUAGGGAAAGGUUUAGUAUAAGUGAAAUGCUUGUAUGUUAUAUAUAAGGGACAGGUUUAGUAUAAGUGAAAGCUUCAUGUGUUCUAUAUAAUGGACAGGUUUAAAAGGGAGCAAAAAAAGUAAACUAUACAUAUGUUCUAUAUAAUGUACAGGUUUAGUGUAUAAGUGAAAGGCUUGUUUGUUCUAUAUAAUGGACAGGUUUAAUAUAAGAGAAAGGCUUGUAUGUUCUUUAUAAGGGACAGGUUUAGUAUAAAAGAAAGACUUGUAUGUUCUAUAUAAUGGACAGGCUUAGUAUACGUGAAAGGCUUGUAGGUUAUUUAUAUGGGACAGGUUUAGUAUAAGUGAAAGGUUUGUAUGUUCUAUAUAAUGGACAGGUUUAAAAGGGAGCAAAAAAAAUACACUAUACAUUUAUUAGAAUUAGGUUUGAUUACAGGUUACUUUGUAUAUAAUUUUCUUUUGUGAUAGCUGCCUUCAAGAAUGUUGUGAAAUGUAAAUGUUGUCAUUUUCUUUCAUGAAAGCUGGUUUACAGAGUGUUGUUGGGAAAUCUCAGUGUAGUCAAUUUGACUGAUGGUAACAUCACAUUGGAGAUGGCGGCGGUGGGUCGUCGAGCAUAAGCUCUUAACCCCCCACCCCCCCUGCCCUACGCCCGGUCUCCCCGGAAGCACAUCGGGAACCUCCCCCCCUGGCCUGUGGGACAUCCGGUCGACUGAAAACGCUGCGUUUUAAGCGUUCGCGGUCCACUCUCCUUGGGUCUGAACGGCUUUACUUCCUCUCCAGGGGAAAGGUGUUGUGUUACAUCCCCCCACCGCCCAUGGAGUUUUCCGGUCGGGGCGUAAGCGGGGGACACAAAAUGGUCGCCUAUGGCCCCAUAGCUAAAAUCAUCUGCAAGGGUUUUGACCGCCACCCAGACCUCAUAUUCAUUAAUGGCAACGACCGAUGGUAACAGAAAAAUCAACCUGAAUUAUAAUGCAAUUUUUAUACAUUCUAUGGUUUCAUUACCCACAGGUGACAAAGUUAAUAGAUGAACUCAGUGGUACAAGACAAGGCAAAUCUGCUGCUAUUAUUUCAGAGGAGAAAAUUCUCGAUUGGCUGGUGGAAAAUAAGAUUUUAUCAAUUGCUCUUGAAGGUGAACCAUAGUGCCAUAGAUUAGAGUCUAAUAUAAGAUGUAUUGUGGUGUGGUGUAAUGUGAGUGUCUCUUGAAGGGUAAGCAUGGGGUUAUAGAUUAGAAUGUAAUAUAAGGUAUGUACUGUGGUGUCAUGGUGGGACAGGGGUGUAAUCUUCUUAUUUGUUUGACUAAUUUGAAGUAAAUUUCAUAGUGUUUUAUAAAUAAUCUUAUAAUCUUGUUAUGUUUUAUUAUUUGAGUGACUUAAAGAAUAAAGUUUCAUAGUGUUUUAGUAUUGUCUUAUUUUCCUUUGAACCAGGCAAAAUUGACCAAGCUCGUUACUUUGUUUUAUUAUUAGUUCUCUUACUUUCCCUUACACACAGGCAACAUUGAACAAGCUCAGUACUGUGUUUUAUUAUUAUUUCUCUUACUUUCCCUUACACACAUGCAACAUUGACCAAGCUUAAUACUGUGUUUUAUUACUUCCCUUUACCCACAGGCAACAUUGACCAAGCUCAGUACUGUGACAAAAUCAAAGGCAUAGUUGAGUUUCUUGGGGCCAAACUUUCUUUGGAUGAACUGUCAAUGAUUUGGAAGAUGCAGGUAAAUGGUUGCAUUCUUAUUUGAUUUAGUUUGAUCAGAUUACAGACCAAGGAAUAUUUCUAUGAUGACACUAUACACCCAUAUUGUUACACCCAGGUCAUUACAGCCAUGUCAUCAGUGUUCUUCAAGAUUUGCUUCAAAUAAACUCUUCACUUAAACUUAAAAAUAUUUACAAGCAGAAUUUUAAAUAAUUUUUGUUAUCGUAUUAAUAAACUGUUAAUUGCAAUUAAUUUUUUUAUUCAAUUUAGAAUGGACAGACCAACAAUGUCAUAGACAACAUUCACUCCAUCAUAGCGGCGGCAGCAGUUAAAUUUGAAUCGAACCAGUUAGAGCAUCUCUUCCUGCUUAUUCAGAAGGUUGGUGGUAAACUUGUUCAAUUAGAUGUGAUCAGAUAAGAUGUUAUCAACUUGGAUGUGAUCAACUUGGAUGUGAUCAGCUUAGAUGUGAUCAACUUGGAUGUGAUCAACUUGGAUGUGAUCAACUAACUUGUGAUCAACUUGGAUGUGAUCAACUAACUUGUGAUCAACUGCAAUAUGAUCAAGUUGGAUGUGAUCAGCUUAAAUGUGUGGGGAAAUAUUGUAAUAUGUUAUAAAAUCUGGAAUACUGAAUAUUUAAUACAAUGAUUGUAAUUUUGAAUUUAGAGACGCAUUUCACUUAUGUUAACUCUCUGCAGUCUGACGUUUUUUUCACAUUUCUUAAAAAUCUUAAGGUGAUUUUUUAAAAUAAUUAAUUAACUGAUCUGAAAUAGCUCUGAUCUGAUCAGUUAAAUAUAUUAACUUGUUCAUCUGUGACUCAGCUAUCAUUAGAUAUUUUUUGUAUAUUUUAUUUUCUUAGUUAUAAAAAUAAUUGAAACAUUAUUGGAGAAUUAAUUUUUUUCAUUUUAUGCAAAGUUUUGACAAAAUUUUCACACAGUAUGAAGGAAAAAAUUAUAGAUUUGUAUAUUCAAUAUAUUUCUUAAUAAUUCUUGAGUAAAAGAUAACUAAGGAAAAUUUGAUGAUUAUAUAAAUAACUCAAAACAAGAGUCAAUGUUGUUUUUGUUUUUAAUUUUAAAAUAGUGGUAUUCCCUGAUGUCAAAGUUAAAAAAAAUUGUAAUGUUUCAGUACAUUAAUGCUAAUUUUGAUAUUAAUGUCAAAUACGAUCCAUUCCUCACUAAUGUGAUAUACUUUUUCCCAUGUACUGGUAUUUUUACAUAUCUUUGUUAUAAUACUCACAUAACACAGGACGAUAAACUACAGUAUUCCUUAAUAAUAUUUAUGGACUCUGAACAAAUAUUAUUUCUUAAAACAAUCUGCAGUUUUAUUAUAAUAAUUAUAUUUGAUAAAUAAGAGCUUGUCCUGGACUUGAUUUCAUCAUAAGAUUAGGUAAGAUUUUUCAACACAGAAUAUUCACUCAAUAAAGAACCUGUGAAAAAAAAAAAUUGAUUGAUUCAUAAUUAAAUUAACACUAAUGGUAUCAGUAAUAGUAUGCUAUCAGUAAGGGAAAAUACCAUUAAUCCUAGUCCAAAUGCCUAAAUUAGUAUAAAAGUAAACCAUUGUACAUAGAAAAUACAUUAUAACAUAUGUUAUAACAAUAUUGUGAGUUUAUUCUUUAUGCAUUUUGCUACCAAGUGAUUGGAUUAAAACUUACCACCACUAAUUUUUAGGGUAAAAUCUUUAAAGCUAUUCAUCCAGUAACUCUGUAACUCAGUAAAAGGGUGGAGUCCAUUGCCUAAAUUAGUAUAAAAGUAAACCAUUGUACAUAGAAAAUACAUUAUAACAUAUGUUAUAACAAUAUUGUGAGUUUAUUCUUUAUGCAUUUUGCUACCAAGUGAUUGGAUUAAAACUUACCACCACUAAUUUUUAGGGUAAAAUCUUUAAAGCUAUUCAUCCAGUAACUCUGUAACUCAGUAAAAGGGUGGAGUCCAGGCUUAAUAUUUAGGAUCAAUAAGGAAUAAGGGCUUCUUGAUCCAAUAUCUGCAUUUUUAUCUCUCUCUCCUCCUUCCCAUUAGAGUUAAGAAGCUUUUAAUAAAAACAUAAAUGUUUUGUUUUUUAUUCUGCCGACAGUAGUCUCUACUAAUACUAGUGACUAGCGAUAAUGAUAAUUAAAUUUAAAAACAUUUCUAUUAUGUAAUAUUAGAAAAUGUAGAAGAUUAUUCUUGGCUAUAACAUAUUUUAAAGAAAUAUAUUUAGUUAAUAACUCAGAUGUCCUUAACUUUAAUUUCAUUUUAAGUACGCAAGUUCUUAUCGGCCGGAGUUUUCCCGCUAUUUUUAGAAAAUAUUUAUUUCGCAUAGCCACGCUUUUUAUUUAUUAUAAAAUUAUUGAAACUCAAAAAAUUCAAAUAGAAUAUAUCAAUAUAAGUAUAAAUGAAUAUUAUAUAAUUCAGCCGAUUAAAAUUAUAAAAAUAUCACUUUAUUAUUUUAUUAUUAAUUUUAUAGUCGGGAAAUGAUAAUUAAAACUAAACUUACUUGUUUACGAUAGCAUUAGUCGGUACUUUUAUAUACAAAUCGGGAUAAAUUUCAUGAUUAGAGUCUCCAUUUGGAUACAUUACAUUAGAAAAACAAAUAAUUCCGUGAUAAAUCGGGAAAUUAAAAUCAUUUGACCAUAUUAAUACCAGUAAUUAUUUUUUUUGUGACACUAAUAUUAUUUUGUUUUUUUGGAAAUCGGCGAAGCUUUCAAUGGAUACUCCGCGCUGACUAAGUUUCCAAAAAUAUUUUUUUUUAAUAGUAAUUUCAAAUUUUGUAAUAAUUUUAAUAUUUUUACAAAUACUUAAACCAAUGACACAAAUUAUUAAAAUAUAAUAUAUAAUUUUUUUUAAUUAAAAAUUAAAAUUAAAAAAUAAAUAACCCACCCACAAAAUCUAUGGUACAUAUAAGUACCAUUUCUCUAUAGUCGGACUGCAGAGAGUUAAUGUUGAAUUUAGGGACACAUUUCACUUGUAUUAAUGUUGAAUCUAGAGACACAUUUCAGUUGUGUUAAUGUUGAAUUUAGAGACACAUUUCACUUGUGUUAAUUUGAAUAGAUUCUUAACUUACAUCACUCAACUAGAGUUAACAUCCCAGGAUGGUGAAUGACAUUCAAUUCACUACUCAAUGUCUUCUGUUCAAUCUGCUAUGUAUAAUUAAAAACUUAAUGUUGUCCAGAAAUGGCAAGAUGACAGUGACAAGACCAGAGAGAAACUUCUCAGUCUCAUUGGCAAGAUUGGGAAAGAUGCGAAGGUGGCGAAGACAACCACCAGGGUAAGUGUGACCCAUUUUUAAAGGUAAUGUUAACCAUGAUGGUAGGCAUGGUCCGUGUUUAAAGGUAAUGUUAACCACUGUGGUAAGUGUGGCCCCACUAAAUCAUAUCGACCAAAAAAUGGAUCAAUGUAAAUUGAUUUAUUUCAAAUAAACAUUUCUGUCCUAACACUAAUGGAAAAGUCAAUAAUAAGUCAUAUUUUUAACAAAUUUUCCAUAAACGAAAAAAAACAAAAAUUGAUAUUGAAAUUACUAUAUGUUAAAACCUCAGGUUCUUGAGCUGCUGUGGGACCUGGCCCACCUUCCAGCUCUGAGCACAUCCCUGGUGGAACAAGCCCUUGAUGAACACCAUGCCAUAUUGUCAGAUUCCUACACAGUGAAGGAACAGGUCAAGCUGCAGUAUGUCACCAAAUGUGUGGAGGACAUCAAGAAGGUGAGUUCCACAUCUGAAAGUACUGUCAAAUAUGGGAACAGACUUAAUCAUGUUAAUCCCUUGAACAAAUUAUUAUGUAGAUUUGUUUUAAUCUAUCCCCAGGCAAUUUUACUGUCAUUUUAUAGUUAGUUUAUUAAAAUUUCAGUAACAUUUCAUUUAAUAUCUAUUAUAUUAUAGUCAGUUGUAUUUAUUUCUAUUGAUUUAAAGGUUAUAUUUAUUGUUAUAAAAUAUCAUUUGUAUUUACUUUUUCUAAAAUUUUAUUUAAUAUCAAUAAAUUGACGGUUAUAUUUAGUUAAACUGACAGUUACAUCUAUUUCUGUGAAUGUUAAUUUUUAUUUGAAUGCAGUGUGCCUGUGUCUUGCCAGCGCUAAGACAGCUGAUGUCUAUAAGCAAGAACAUUAUUAAGAAUACUGUGCAGAAAACAGAUAACAAGGUUAGUCAUAGACUUAGAUUACAAUGUAAUGUCAUAGACUGAGAUAACAAGGUAAUGUCACAGACUGGGAUAACAAGGUAAGUCAUAGAAUGAGAUAACAAUGUAAUGUCAUGGACUGAGAUAACAAGGUAAUGUCAUAGACUGGGAUUACAAGGUAAUAUCAUAGACUUCGGCCUCACUUAUUCAAUCUGCUUUAGGGCAUUAACAAAAUAUUUCCCGUCAUACACAGUCAAUAAUAUCACCUUUGGACACAGUCAAUAAUAUCACCUUUGUACACAGUCAAUAAUAUCACCUUUGUUCGAGUCAAUAAUACCGCCAUAUCAUAUAUGAAUUAGAAUUUCAAUUAAAUUUUUAAUACUUUCAAAUUAUCAAUAUCAUUACAAAUAAAUGCCAUAAUAUUGUCAUCAGUCAAUGUCACUCAAUUCCACAAUAGAUAGAGACUAUAGUAAAGUAGUUUAUUCUAAGUGUAAAAACAAUAAAUUAUGCAAAUAAGGAUUUCUAAUUUGCAUAAAUGUUGAGACUUCAGUAUGAUUCAUAUUAGUUCAUUUCAUUCCCUACAAGAAUAUAUACGGUUUUAUAUUUGUAAAGCGAUAAUUUUAUUUUGUAUAUAUGUUUUUGCAAAGUGAGCGUAGGGCUUGUGAAAAGGGCUUCCUCUUCUUAGCACAGACAGUCUAAUAAGUAUCAAGAGGGUUUAAAUCCAGCAAAUUGAUUUAAAUAAAAUUAACUACAUUAUGAUAAAUUAAUAUUCUUCACCAAAGAUUCCUGAUUAAAAAAUUUUUGAAUAAAAUAACUAAUUUUCCAGCUGUCUCAACCAGAAGUCUAUUUCUAAUUUCCAAACACUUAAAAGUGAAAUUAAAAUAAUUGUUAUAAAAUUUUGCAAUCAUAAUUAUGUAUUAAGAAAUUACAUAUAGUGAGACUAAUAAUUAAUAAAAACAAAAAGAUGUUAUUUUUUAGUCAGAGCCUUUAAAUAAAUAUAAUUAAAAUAAUUUUAAAAAAUUUGAAUCAUGAAUUUUUAUCGGUCCGAAUUAAAUCAUGAUUUAUACUGUUAAUCAUAUCACCAUCAUACACGAUUAAUAAUAUCACUAUUAAACACAUAACGAAUUACAUUUUUUACAAUUUAAUUUAAACCAAAUUUAAAGAUUGAUUUAAUUUCUAUUUGUACCAACAUCCACAGAGUGUCAUCAGUGAGUUGAAUAAAGGCAGCGAUGUCAUCAAGUUGGUCACCAACAGUCUGGUCAAAUGUCACAAGCUUGCCGCGUCCCAGGUUGGAGAUGGCCAGCUGAAACCAACAACCAUGGUGGACGGAAGAUAUCCACAUUCUGAUGUAAGAAUAGUGAAUAUUUGUCCAAUUAAUUUUCUCUGUCUCAGACUAGGACUCUGAUACAAAGAGGGUUAUGAUAUAUAACUGUGCAAGUCCUAGUCUUAGAUACAUGGCAUUGUUUAGCAUAUUUCUAAACUUAACUCUUAAGAUAAAUGGCAUUGUUUAGCAUAUUUCUAAACUUAAUUCUAGGCUCAAAGUAAUUUUUAAACAAGAAUCAAUUAUAAAAUAUUACCUCUAGAAACCGUAUGUGGCACAUCAGGUAGAAAAGAAACCUUGAUAACAUUUAUUUAAAUAGCUGAAGUAGCAUCAUGAACUUAUUUCUUUAUGGAUAAUGUCGUGAAUAUUUAAAUAUUUUUUUUUAACAUCUGCAGUAAAUGUUUUUUCUUUCCUUUAAUUAGUAUGUUGGCUGAGUGGCUAUAGUUUAUUAUGUUGGCAGAGGUUCAUGACAGAAAAAUUAUAGUUUAUUAUGAUUACCGGAAAUUUGUUUGAAAGAAAUUUAGUCGAUGGAAAAUUGAUCUACCGAAAUUUGGUCGAACGGAAGUUUGGUUGAAUUUUUUUUUCAGUUCACACGAUCAAAUUUUCAUCAAAUUUAUUUUUGAACACUCUACACAAUAUAGUGAAACAAAAUAACGCUUGGGUUCAUGACAGAGAACAUAAUAAACUAUAACCAGGCUUAGGGUCAUGACAGAGUGGUUAUAGUUUAUUAUGUUGGCAUAGGUUCAUGACAGAGUGGUUACAGUUUAUUGUGUUGACAUAAGGUACAUGACAGAGUGGUUAUAGUUAAUUAUUAAGGUACAUGACAGAGUGGUUAUAGUUAAUUAUGAUGACAUAAGUUCAUGACAGAGUAGUUAUAGUUAAUUAUUAAGGUACAUGACAGAGUGGUUAUAGUUAAUUAUGAUGACAUAAGUUCAUGACAGAGUAGUUAUAGUUAAUUAUGAUGACAUAAGUUCAUGACAGAGUGGUUAUAGUUAAUUAUGAUGACAUAAGUUCAUGACAGAGUGGUUAUAGUUAAUUAUGAUGACAUAAGUUCAUGACAGAGUAGUUAUAGUUAAUUAUUAAGGUACAUGAUAGAGUGGUAAUAGUUUAUCAUGGGGCAUUAUUGUUUCUAUACUAUUUGGGUGAUGCUAAAAACUCUUUUCCAGUACAUUUCAACCCAUCUGAGUUUCCUGCGUUAUGUUCUUCAAGCUGGAGACCUGUACUUGGUCUGGAACCGUGCCAGAGACAUCUGGACUACUCUGGGGGCUAAUCAGAAAGCUUGUGAAUGGGAUAGAGAGGUGUGUAAAUAAACUUGACAUAGACUGGAUGCAUUGAUCAAUCACUAGGAUGAGCUAAAAUAUAUAUUAAAUCUACUGAUGGUUCCAUUGAUGUUUUUUUAAUACAUCCAGUAACACUGAGUCAUGAGGAAGUUACAGUUAAUACAUCCAGUAACAUUAAGUCUAAGAAAGUUACUAUUUUGCACUUGAUGAAUAUAUUAAUUGACAUAAGGUGGAGGUGACUUAAAACGAGAGAGCAGAUAUCCUUGCGCGAUAUUGUGCAGCCCAGCACCAACUUGACCAGCCAGUGACUCAGGAGUCAAAGCUUGGCUCAAAUACCACUUUUGCGAAAAGUAGGUCAACGGCUGGGCUGUAUGAGAAACAGCACGAAUGCUCCAAUGCAACAUGCCCGGCCAAAGCAAGUGCGAUCCCUGAUUGAAACUGGCAUGUUGUGAAGUAGUGACCCCAAAAAUUUGAUUUUUGUGGUUUUGGCCGAACCAGAAACCAGACCGAAAGUUAAUAAUUAACUUCUGCCAAAACCAAGAGCUUAUUGACCCUUUCAGACGAAACCAACAAAUUUAGAUAUUUCCAAACUUUUCAGAGCAUACAUUUUCCACAAGCCGAAAAAUUAUGGGAAAGUAUUAGAUAGUUACAUAAUUUUUAUAAAUAAUAUCAUUCUCAUAAAUUUUAAUAGUUAAACGUCAAAUGAAUACUUUGGAUUUUACCAUCCAUAUUAAAAAGUAAUUUAAAGUUGUUGAAAAUGUAUUUUAAAGUAGUAUGGUAAGUGAAAAUUUUAAUGGGUGUGGGGCGUGAAUUCAUCCAAAAUAGACCAUUGGGUGCCCUUUGCUUAUAUAAUAUGAUUACGUUACUUAGACAUAUUUGGUACAGAUCGUGGAAAGCUUAGCCUAUCUAUUGUUUAAUAGUAUGGCCCAGUAAAAUUUCCAGACAUGUGGCUUGAAGGCACUUUUUGGUCCGCUAACCCAUACAUUUUAGUUAAAACCCAUGUUCUUACUAGUUGACAUUUAAAUUUUCAUUUAUCCACAAUCAUCAUUGAUCUGCUAAUUUUAAAUUUGACCCAGAUUAAAGUUAAACGAAUGUUGAGCUGUGUUAGUAUGAUAAAACAGUAGGCCUACUACAUAAGUAUUAUAGGAAACAGUGAUACAGAUGUGUAGUCUUAUGAUUUAAAUAAAAGGCUAUUUAAUGCCGAAUUAUACAAAAUUGAAAUAAAUAAUAAUUUUUUUUUUUUAAUUACUAAAGGUUUCAUUAUUCCAUGUCUUUAAAUUUGUGUCCAUACACGUGAUAAUUUUAUGGGAUAUUUUAACAUUUUAUUUCAUUAUCAUAUUUGUGGAUUUCAAUGAAUGAAUUGAAAAGCCUAAGGCUCGCUAAUUUUUAUUUUUUAAAAUCUUAUAAUAUAAUAUAAUGGAUUUUUUUUUCCCACAACUCUAUUCAUCUUUGCCUUUGGCAACAUUUAUGGGCAUGAUAAUGAUAAAUCAAAAUGAAUGUCAGAAAUGAAUGUAUUGAAUAAAUAUAGGGUUUCCCAAUUUAAUUUUGAAAAAAAUUUUCAAAAAAAUUAAAACCAAAAUAAUAAUAUAGAUAUUACCAUUCCCUUAGCUUUUUUUUUCUAGAAAACUAUUUACCAUUGCCUAAGCGUAAUUGUAAUUUUAUUUUUGGAAAUAUUGGACAAGUAUGUCAUCAUGCAGCUGUGACCAAUGUGCACAGAGGAGUAGUCAAAUAACAUAUGAUUUCAGCAAGACGUCGAGCAAUAAUAAAUAUUGGAUUGCUGGUAGACAGAGUGACAGCCCGACUACUGGUAUAAGGCUGAAAGCCUCAUUCACUCUCAGCAGAAACUGAAAAUUAACAGAAAGUUAUAUGUUCCGUUUCGGGCGAAACUGCUCUGAAAGGGAUUAUAGGGCACAUUUUGGCACUGAAACUGAAAUUCAGUCGGCCUUUAGAUCAAAGCCUCAUUAAACAGAUGCAAACCGAGCACUGAAAGGGGUUGGGGGAUUUGUAUAAACGCUGGGGGGGGGGGGUCCCUCAAAUGCAAGGAGGUGGGGAUAAUGCAAAAUUGUAUGCAUAUUUAAUAUAUGGAUGGCCCCUAAUUUAUAUUUGAAUUCCAUUUAUGACUGAUGUUUUGAUGCCAUUUAUGACUGAUCCCAUUUUUAUGUCUGAUUCCUCUCAGACGUGUUACGAAUGGUUUCGCCUUGGGAUCACUGACCUUGACAUUGACACACAGAACCAAAUGUUCCAGAAAAUGAUUCUUAGCAUUGAUCCAGCCAAGUUGAGUGAGAACGGUGAGAAGAACUUUCUCUUUUAUGAUUAGAUUUGUUUUUACGUUGUUCAACUGCUGUUAAUACAUUAGCACUUUUUUUUUUUGAAAUGCUUCAUCGAAAUUGCAUAUUUCAAGCAAGGUUAUUUUUCAGCACAAUAUAGUAUCUUUCAUCUCAAUGUAUCAUUCAAAUAGUUGGCUUUCAGACUGAGAUUUUAAAAAACCAACUGAAUAUGUUUUUAUAAUUUAGUCAUGUAAGUCAAUGAAAUUGAAUUAUGAAACAAAAGGAAUCAUCUAUUGGAAUCUAUCCUAAAAAAAUAUAUUUAUGCAAUUCAAUGCCAAAAUUAAUUAUUUAUUUUUUUCUAUCAUAAUGUUUAGUUCUGAACUCUCCUCUUGUGUGUUAGUAUGUUAGAAAUUGUUUCAAGCUCAGAUGUCAUAUAAAAUGCCAUCACAUUCAUUGUCAUAUAAAAUGCAGCCAUGUUCAUCUCUAGGUUUCAUGUGCUUCAAGUGUUUCUUUGAGCGAGUCAACCAGUACGAACACCGCUUGAAGCACAGCAACGUGGCCAUGGUGGUGGAGAAGACGGAGCUCAUUGGCCUGGAUUAUCUCUGGGAGAUCUGCCUCCAUGUACCUGAUGAGGCCAUAGCCGAGCAGGCCAUUCAGAUGUUGCUCGCUCUCAGCUAUACAAACCUAAAUUCUAAACUUAAAAAGGUCAUGAUGUGCAACUAUCAUAGCAACCUUAUACUGCAGGCUUUAUCUAGAAAUAACCUAAACAGUUAAUCUGUUUUUUUUCUCUUUCUCCUUUAAAAUAUACUGUUCAUGAUUUGUUAGUGGUUUUGUGGGUGCAUGUUUUGAGUAUGUGUGUAGCUAUUGCAAUAUGCUUUGUAUUUUGUGAAUUAUUUUGAGUAGGGGAUUUGACGUCGAAUGUUAUGUUUGAGCGGCAGUAAUGGAGUGGUUGGGGUUGGAGUAUUGGAAAUAGAGUUAUAGAGUGAGAAAGGGAUGAAAGAAGACGCUGUUACUUUAAUUAAGAGACACUUGCUAUAUUUAUUUAUUUAGGCAUUUUUAUAUAGCGCUUAUCAUAAAGCUCUAAGCGCUUUACAAUUAUUAAAACAUGUAAACUAAGUAAAUACAAAUGAGACACUAGGAUAGUAACUACUAUUCUAUAGAAACAAUGAAAAUGGCUAUAAAACGAGGACACUUUGACACUUCAGGAUCAACCCGAAACAGAAAAUGAGGUAGGGCAAGGAGGGUGCAUCACAGGUCAUAGGCGGACCUAAACAGAUGAGUUUUAAGGGACUUUUUGAAAAUGGACGAGGUUUCACUAUGACGUAUAUGGAAGGGGAGCUGGUUCCAGAACGUGGGCCCAUGGAAGCAGAAGGAGCGUUCACCGAUGGUCUUAGUUUUAGUUCUUGGGAUUGAGAGGGUUCUACUGUCAAUGGAAGAACGUAGUUGUCUUGUGGGGAAUCAAUGGUUUGUCAAAUAAUUAAAUUACUCCCUAGAUAACAAAGCUAUUGAGCUGUUAAAUCCAGUUGGUAACAUCUAUGAGUUUUGACAUUGCUGCUCUAUGUUACAGGAACCAGUUGCCCUGCACAAGAAAUUCAUUAGUGAAUGUUACAACAGAUUGGAAGUAAGUAUCUGCUCUCUGCCUUUCACUGUCACUACAAUCUAUCAAGUUUAGUCUUGUUGUUGAGGAUAUGCUUAUAUGAUGAAAUAAUUUUUAGUGUCUUAUGUGUCACAGAUUGGACAAAUUUAUUGGGUUGUAAAUCAAUGAAUGUCAGAUACGUAAAUAAACACAAGUGCUGGGGUGGCCGAGCGGUCUAAACUGCCCCAAACCAAAUACCUGGUGGUCUGGAGUUCAAUCCCCACCAAAGCCAACAUCUCAAGCACUCCGGGUGGAUGGGACUCGUUAGCCUUGGACGGCAACCCAUCUAAGAGAAGGCAAAACUCUGAUUUUAAACCAGAAGCCAGAAUGAUCAACAAAUUGAUCGUGGGCCCCUCAAAUAUAAGAAGAAGACAUGUUAAGCUCAUACAAGAUGUUUGUGCCCUUGUCACUUAAUGAAAUAUUUACUUUCUGUUUGUUAGACUGCUAGAAUGGGAAUGGGUGGCAAUGUUGUUGCUCAUACCGUGUCCAAUGCCACCAAAGUUGUCACGGCUGCCAUAGUCCCUGAUGUCGCUAACGUGCCCCUUCCCUCCAGGUAUGUGGAUUACAAAACAUUAUUGUUUUUAUACUUUUGUUAUUAUUUUAAUACUUUUGUUAUUGUUAUCAUUUUAAUAAUCUAGUAUCAAAUGAUUCAUAAAAUACUCCUAGUAUCCAAGAUGAAUAUUUAAAAAUUCAAAUUUCUCUUUGGUUCUGACUAAUGUACUGUGUUUGACUACAAGAUCGAACUUUUUUACUAUGGCACCAAUAAUGAAGAUGUUGUGUUGCGCUAGUCUUAUACAUUUUUAUCAGUGUUUAAUCCUAACACCAUCACAUUGCUUGACUAAUGUCUUACUGACUAUGCCACUAAGCCCCACUGAUUAUCAAUAACAAUUAUCUAUUAUCACUUCAAUGAUAGUCUAACGACCCCAAAAUUAUUCUUUCAUCAGAUCAAUCAAGUUCCUAGCAAUAGAACGUUUGUUAUGGAUUGCUGAGGCCUACAUCCUUUCUGUGGAAGAAAUUCACUGUGUUCCUCGUAACAUCCUCCCCCAUGGGGCGUCCUUCCAUGGCUACCAGCUCAAUAUACAAGUCAAGUGUGAGGCCCUGAGACAGGAGUUUACGCUACAAGUAAUGAUAAUUGUUGUACUGAACAAAAUAGUUGUGCAUCUUGUACUUAACAAAGAAGUUGUAUAUCCUGUACCAAACAAGUAGUUUCAAUUUGAUUUAAACAGAUUUUAUUGGUUCAUUCAAUUCCCUACAAGAAUAUAUGUAGUUCUAUUUUUGUUAUGUAAUUAUUUAUUUUGUAUAAAUAUUUUUGCAAAUUAAGGGCAGAGCUUGUGAAAAGGGCUCCUGCUUCUUGGCACAGACAGUCCAAAAAUCCUCCGUCUCAUGAGGGUUAAUUUGAAUUGUAUUAUUAAUAACUGGAAUAAAUGACCCAGUGUUACCUAGAUUAUAAUAGAGGGCAUAAUGCGCUACUUUCCACCUGUUCCUGCACAAUUCUCAAGAUCUACAAAUCCAAUUUUUACGUAUUUUGAAUUAUUAUAUCCUUAAACAAAAGAUAGGACUAUUUUCAGCAACCUUGUAACAUUUAUUUAGAAAAUAGGUAAUUAGACUUUUUUAAUUUAAAAAAGGAAUCUAUUUAUAGAUAUUUACUUUUCUCACAUCAUUGAGUUUUAAGAAUUAUUUUCUGUUUAAUAAUAUAGGCUAAUCAGAAAAUUUUUCAGGCCACUAAAUUACAAAGAAAACAUGGCUGGGGUACCGGGCUAUGUAAGACCACUAAUAAUAAUAAUAGUAAUAUUUCCUAAAAAUUGUUAAAACAUGUUUUUAAAACUUUUUAAAAAAUGUAAACUAUGCAACAUUUUAAAUAUCUGCAACAUUAACAGAUUUAGAUAUAUUAGUAAUGUCAUUAAAAAUUUGCCCAACCUUUGCUGCACCCCUGAACUAUAUUGUCGGGAAAUCGUUUAAACAGAAUACAUAUAGUUCAAGAAUAAUCUCUUAUCAAAUUUUCAAGUCUAGCAGUCUUGUGUUUUUUUUAAAACAAUUCUUUAUCUCAUAAAAAUUUCCCAUGGCCCCGAACUGUUUUUGUGCGAAUCGGAAAGAAAAAUUCUUUUUUUUUUUAAAGAAAUACUUUUUCAUAACCCCUGAACUGUAUUUUUGUAAUAAUAAAUUUUAUAUUAUCUUUUUUAAAGAUUUAAUUUUGACUCUGUAAAAUGUUGUUUUUUUAAAUUGCUAUCAUAAAAUAAUGUCCUCUCUCUUGUUAUUUCACAUUUUCAAUGUUUAUUCUCAAAAUAAUUACAAUAAAUUUUUAAUAUAAAAUAUUGUUAUCCUCAUAAAUAUGUGCCCACUCUGCAUCUUUGCCCUUGAACUGUAUCUUAGGAAAAAUUAUGAUGUCCUUAGUUUCAAAGAAAAUUAUAUCCAAUAUUUUCCCCUUUUCAACUUCAUUUAAUUCAAUAAUAAACAAGAGAUUUUUCGGAUUUUUCUGAUAAAUGUCAUUACAAAUUAAUCAUAGUAAUACAUGACAUCCAUUUAUUGAUAAUAAAAAGAAUAUCUUAACUCUUACAUUCAGAUUAAAAAUACUCAAAAUAGCUCUUUAAUUGUUAUGUUAAAUUUACUUCUAAUAACACUUUACUUAAAUUUAAGCGCAGAUAUAUUUUAUUCUCAUCAUAUUUAAGUUGAUUCAAGGUUAUAGAACAUUAUCUGAUCACAUUUAAGUGGACGCAGCAUUUUAGGGCCUUUUUCAAUUAGAAAAAGUUUGGGGUUUUCAUCAUUUGUUGAUCAUGUUGUAUGUGGUAAUAUACAUUACCAUAUGCUAAUCACUCAAAUCAGAACAAAUGAACUCCCACCAUCCCAAUGUUUCUGUGUCUCCCCAUUUCUUGUUUGUGUCAUCAAUUUGCUUGUCAUUACUUAUGGUUUAUUUAAGAGAAUUUAAACAACCCCUAAAAACAAAGUUUUGUUCGUAUAAAUCCUUUAUGAAAUGCAACAUCAUACACUUUAAUGGUGACGGUGAAAAUUUGGCAAAACAUGCACACAAGUAACGCACUUUUAUAAGAAUCUUAAUUUAUGCUCUCUCCCCCCACCCCCAGGCUCGCAAACACACUCUUUGUCCACGCCCCUAAACUAUAUUAAUAAGCUAAUGACCCACCUCCUGUUACACAACAGAUUUAUUUCACCAGAUAUUUUUAAAAAAAAAAACAAAAGAAAAUAUUACGCGCCAAACACACGUGAGAUUUUUUGUUAAAGAAUCUCAUUUAGUGCAGUAAUUGGGAAUUUUAUUUCGUGAAAUGAGUUUCAUUGUAUUUCCUUCAUCUUCCUCUUUAAAAAAUAGGAAAAACUGAUUUUUGGGGUUUGGGUGGGGCUGAAAAUUGAGUGGGAUACAUUGGCAACAACUCUAUUUGUCAAGUUUCAGCUCGAUAGGUUGACUGGAAGUGGUUCAAUUAACCGUAUGAAGAUUUGCCACCCAGCCAGAAACACACCAACAAACGCAAAGUUAAUAUAAAGAAUUUAAAAAGUGAGCUGUUUAAUAACUUUGCUCUGGCUGUAUAGAUAGUCCAUGACAGAGUCCUUUCAUUUAACAGCUGCUCAAUAUUUAUAAUAGUAAUUAUAAGUUAGAAUGCAAAGACAUGUAGAUAUUUUUAUAAGAGAAACUAUGAAAAUUGAAAAAAUACAACUUUAUAGGGCAUUUUGUUUUCACUUGGUUGUAUUUGUAACAUGUGAGAUGAUCUUGUAUCUUUUGUGUAUGCAGUGUCACAGCAAUGAAACUUUGGGAUCUGUGCGUAGAAAAGUUUUGUUGAACAUAAACCAGCCAUCAGAUCAUGUCCAGAUGCAUACUAAUGAUAAAUUGGUGAGUAGUAUCAUAUCUUGUCCAGAUACAUACUAGUGAUAAAUGCAUGAGUAGUAUUAGAUUUUUUCCAGAUGUUUACUAGUGAUAAAUUGGUGAGUAGCACCAGAUCUUGUUAAGAUACGUAAGAAAACAUUAAUCAAGCAUCUUUAAGUCAUUUUAUUUUUGACAGCAGAUGCCAUACAAGAAAUUCUAUUGCAAGAGUUGAAUUUUAGAAAAUUAAUCCAGCAGACCUUUCAUGAUCUGUUCAUUUUGAAAACUCAGUCAUUCUUGGACAAAGACAAUGUGACAGAGACAAAGAUAAUAUGACAGACAAAGACAUUGUGACAGAGACAAAGACAGUGUGACAGAGAACAUUAGAAAAUCCUCACUGACCAAAUUGUUUUCUGUGCCACUCUGUGUUAUCUGAUUUGUAUAAUACCAUGUCCUCCAGCUGUGCAUGACCAAGGACCAGCUUCUACUUUACCAACUUGAUCUGACAGACAAAAGCGUGCUACAAGUCCAUCUAGGCACAUCGUCUACAUCCAAGUCAGGAUCUACAUCGAUGGCGUCAGGACCCAGUGGACUCGGCAAAGAGGUCAGUUUGAUGCGAGAGCUGACCAAGGUCAGGACUUGACUCACAUUGCAUCUAUUACAUCAUCUGUCUUUACUUUGGCGUCAAGGAGCAACUCCCGUGUUAAGUUAUUGUUUGCAGAUAACAUGCCCAUGGCAGUUUUACAGCUUUAACUUGACAGACUGAACAUUUCACUUUGUUCAUUAACUGGUUAACUACCAUAAGUCAGUGGGAGCGGCUGGGCCAUUCUUUCGUUAUGACCACGAGCUGCUGAUAGCGCCAAUGUUAUUAUCGUAGUAAAUGUGACAUAGAUGUAAUUCGGCCACAACAGAUUUUUCAAUCUGGUAGCUAAUCAGUUAACUUGACAGACUGAACAUUUCACUAUGUUCAUUCACUUGACACUCUGAACAUUUCCUUUGUUGAUCAACUUGACGGAAUGAACAUUUAACUUUGUUCAUUAGCUUGCUCCAGAGUGUCCAAGUUGGCGUUGUUCAGAUUUCAAUUAACUCUCCAUCAUUGACUCUUCCUCACAGGCCACCAGUAAAGAUGUGACUGAGUCAGGUGACACCAGCAGUUCGCAGCCACAAGCAUCUUCCAACACACAAUCAGCCAAGUCAAUGGGAGCUGGCAUUGUUAAAGAGGUACCCUUGCCACAUGAUGAGCUUUUUUUUUAACUCGUUGUCCUCUUUUUUGUUCAAGUUUAAGCUAUUUAUUUCUUUCAACAAGAUGAUUCAAAUACUUUUUUUUUUUUAUUAUUUCUUAAAAGAUGUUAUCUAUUAUAAAAUAUGUUUAAAAAAUGUAUAAUGCUAACAAAAUCAAUGUGUAUCAAUUAUACAAGACAAUGUUUACAGCGAUGGAUUGACAUUAAUUAUGUUUUUAUUUCAUGAAAAUUGGAUGACAAGGAUUUAGAUAAAGGGGUAUGUAUGUUUUUAGUAUAUGGAUAUUAUUAUUUAUUACUAUAUUAUGUAUGUUGGUUUGGAUAUGUGUGUGUAGAUAAAUAUGUGUGGUUAUAGAUGUGUGUGUCAAUAUGUGGGGAAAUAAAUGUGCGUGUAAAUAAAUGUAUGUGGUUAUAGAUGUGUGUGUAGAUAUGUGUCUGGCUAUAGAUGUGUGUGUAGAUAUAUGUCUAGUUGUUGACAUGUGUGUGGUGAUAGAUGUUUGUGUAGAUAUGUGAGUUAUUAUAGAUGUUUGUGUAGAUAUGUGUUUUGUCAUAGAAAUGUGUUUAGAUAUGUCUGGUUAUAGAUGUGUGUGUUACAGAUGUGUGUAUGUUAUAUAACGGUGCACAUGCUGCUGAUGUUCUGUCUUUGUAUUUGUUUAUUAAAACAUCUCUAUAAAGUUUGGUGGUGAAGGGACGGUUAAUCUUAGAAUAUCCUUACUAGGGCUGCACCAAUUAAUUGUCAAUUUACGGAUUAAUCCAUAAUCAGCUUUUUGUGACUGAUUUAUUGGCUGAUGAGCGUUUGAAAAUGCUCAAGUUGUUAGCUGCAAGUCCAGACAACUGUAAAAUAAUAGAAUCAAUAUGUCCCUCGCUAAUUUGGCCCUUAUAAUUGGCACUUCAAGGCCAAAAUACAAAAUAAAUAAUCAUUGGCUGAUUCUUUGGCAUUGGCCAUUAAUGGGUAAUUGUCCAACCAAUUUAGAGUUGAAUUUUGUGUAUUAAAGGGAAGAUAAAUUUAUUAUUUGUGCAGGCCUCAAGUACAACCUCAAAACAGAAUUAUGACAUAGAACAGGUAACCCCUCUAUUUUAAUCUUCUGUUAGAUUGAGUCAUACUAUACAAUAUAAAUGUAGCGACUUAUUGUACAAGUCUUAACAUAAAUCUAACAGAUUUAUUGUACUAGUCUUACUAUACAAUAUAAAUCUAACACAAUUAUUGCACAAGUCUGACUUUAUAAUAUAAAUCUAACACCCUUAUUGUACAAGUCUUACUAUACAAUAUAAAUCUAACAGACUUAUUGUACAAGUCUUACUAUACAAUAUAAAUCUAACAGACUUAUUGUACAAGUGUUACUAUACAAUAUAAAUCUAACAGACUUAUUGUACAAGUCUUACUAUACAAUAUAAAUCUAACAGACUUAUUGUUUCACAAUAACUCUUAUGAUGCAAUAUUGAGUGCAUAUUUGUUUACAAAGGUCUGGUUUUGGCCUGCCCUGUUUCUAAAACCUUGUUUCAUGUAAUUGUGUUGAUAGGAAAAAAUGUUGCCUGGUGUUGUUAUGGCCAAAGGAGGUGUUGUCUUUGAAAUGCUCUAUCAGCUUACAGAACUAGAUGAGCCCAAGUAAGUGGUUCUCAAACCUCUGGUGUUAGUUCUUAUUUCAUUUGAAGUGUGUGGCCAGAGUUACCGGAGUUUUAAAAAAUCCUUUUUAAAAAUUAAAGCAUGUAUCUUCUUCCUUUUAGAAAACUCCCAACUCUAUUCACAUUGAACAUAGUGAAACCCAGCUGCAAUGCAACCCCGCUAUUACCCGCUAUUAAUGAAAUCCGAUUUUAUGGACCCAUUUAUAACACUGUUGUGUGGUUCAGCAGUAGUUUUAAAAGGAAUUCUGUAUGUGGUAUAAAAUAUUGGUCCAUAAUGACAGAGGCAAAUGGAGUAUGAAUUAAAUAACUUUAUAUAAAUGUCUGAUUAUACACAUUAAAUGAAUGUUUAUGUAACUGAUGAACUUUUUCAAACUUUUAGAAUCACCAAAAGAGUCCAAAAACUUCUUAUGCUGAUCCCCACUGACCCUGCUGUCUCUGAGGCGCUUGAUUUGAUUGGUCAGAAGGUAAUUAAGAAUUUAAUCUUUCUGACACAAUCUGUUUUGUAGUUUGAGAAGAAGCAACAUCUGCUGCUUGGGCCACAUUGUUUCAGUGGUGCCCCAUUCAGAAGAUAAAGAUGUGUAUUAUUGUGUGUUUAAGAAAACAGUUAAAUAUAUUUCAUUUACAGUCCUCUAUAGCACUGUUUCCCAAAUGGUGGCCCAAUGAAUAUUUUUGGUCAAAUAAAAAAAUAAAUAUAAUUAAUAAAUCUGGUGCUGGUCCCUGGUGCAAUUUGGAAACUUCACCACUGGUCUGCCAACCUAUAAACUUUGGGAAACUCUGCUGUAGAGCCUACCUAUAAUAGGUCAACUUGAUCUCUAAUAGGCCAAAUAGAUCUCUAAUAGGUCAGAAAGAUCUGUCUUAGGUUAGAUAAAACUGUAUAAUGCAAGCAGCCUGUCUUUGACCAUGUGUUUUAUUUCAAUGAAUAGGCUUCGAAUUAAGUAUUUUUGAUAAAUUUAAAAAAUGCAUUCUGUUUGUUGAGCAAAAAUGAGUGUGCGUUUUGAAAAGUUAGGUAAUAAUACCUUUUCAAUAGAGCCAUUCAUAGCUAAAAAUAAAAGCACUUUUAUGGGUGUAAUAUUAAUGGCGUCGAUUUAUGGAAUUUUUCUUUAGAUAAAUCUCUUGACAUAAAAUCUAAGAGAAGCUAAAUUAAUUUUUAAAGCUAUCCUUUCACUGAAAUAUUUAUUUUUAAUAUGGAUUGAUAGCAUUGAAGACAGUGAUCCAUUUCUGUCAUGGUAAUAUUAAGUCUUCGAUGUUGUACAAAAGCUGAGAGUUCUCAUAUGUAGAAAAGCUUCCUUUUAACAGAGCAUGAAGUCAGCUGCUUCAUCUGAGGACCUAUCAAAUGUCAAGUCAAGCCCCAAGAAAAGUCUCCCCACGAUAGUUUCUAAUCCUCGACUGUCUCCUAAGGAGACGAUGAAAUAUUUGUUUAAUAGCAGCCAGCCUGAAAUGAGUGCCUUUCGAGUUCUAUACAAUUUAGAGGUAAGUGUCUCUAUACAGUUUAGAGGUAAGGGUCUCUAUACAGUUUAGAGGUAAGGGUCUCUAUACAGUUUAGAGGUAAGGGUCUCUAUACAGUUUAGAGGUAAGGGUCUCUAUACAGUUUAGAGGUAUUGUCUCUACAGUUCUUUACAAUUUAAAUUUGAGUGUCUGCAGCUAUUUUAUAAUCAUCCUGAGUAUGAUUUUGAACAACUCCUCAUUUCCCCUUUCCUCAGACUUGACUUCUUUCAACAAGGUCCUACUUGUGCCACACUUGGUUUUUGUUCUAUUUGAUGUUAACUUGUGUGAGAAAUAGCCCUACAGGGAAAUGAAGAGUUACAAACAAACAUUAAUGCUGUGUCCAUCAUGUCCCAACAGGGCUAUUUAAUAUGUGAUUAAACACCCCACAACACAUUUAUUCAUCAGUAUACCAGAGAUAAAGUCUAUUUUUAAAAUUAUGCUUUGAAAUGAGAGCUUGUAACAGGGGUCCUCAAACUAAUAACCUCAGCUGAUCAUUAAACUGAGAGUGGGCCAAGUGAAACAGCAGAAAAUGGCCACAGAAUCAGGGACCACAGCCAUAAGAAGAUGAAAUAGCUCACAUGGUCAACAAUGCUGUUUCAAACACUACUAAAACUAGAAACUUGAUUUUGGUUUGAUUUUUUUAUUUCUUUGAAGUUACUUUCGGACACGAAAUCUAUAACAGGGAGUAACUGAGUUUGACCCCCAUCAUAGUUAUCGACUUAUCCAAAGUUUAAUUUUUAAAUAAUGCUGUAUAAACAGUUGAGAGAUCUUAAGGCUUUCAAAGAAUAAUGAGUAGACUCAAGACCUUUGUAUAAACAGUUGAGAUCUUAAGGCUUUCAAAGAAUAAUAAUUAUACUCAAGACCUUCCAUCAAUUUUGUUAACAUUAAAAACCUAGAAGCUUUUCUCAUUACUCCUCAUUUAAAUCUAUUAAAAAUGAAGUGGUUACUGAAAAAUUAGUGGGUUCUAAUUAUACUAUGACGUGGAUAAGGCAUACUCUCCGAAAACCCCCAGACAGCACCACCAGACAAUGCCUAACAUGGAACCCACAGGGAAAAAGAAAGAGAGGAAGGCCUAAGCAUACAUGGAGAUGUGAGUUAGAGGCAGACACGCAAAAUUUGGCAUACACCUGGAAGCAAUUGGAAAGGAAAGCACAGGACCAUGAGGAGUGGAAAGUUCUUGUGGAUGGCCUAUGCCCCAGACGGGGUAAAAAGGCAUAAGAAGAAGAAGAAUUAUACUAUAAUUUCAUAAAUUUCCACAAUUUUAAUGCAUUCUCUAAAAAUACUAUCUUGCAUAAAUUAAAUAUCAAGGUUAUAACAAAAUUUUCUUAUUUGACAGGUUCUCAGCAGCAAACUGAUGCCUACCUCUGAAGAUCCAGCUAUGCAGGCAAGUGCCCAGAAUUUCUGUAUGGAGUUUCUGCUAAAUGAAGGUCUUUCCUUGGUGGUCAGUGUUCUGCAGCCUGAGUCACUGCCCGCUGAUAUCAACUAUGAAAUUAGGCAAGGAUGCUACUCAAUCUGCUUACAACUGGCCAGGUAAUUUAUAAAUUAAGGUUCUUUUAUUGAUCCAAAGAAAUGGAAAUGUGUUUUGAUUACAUUAUAAUAUUCUUUUGCAGCAUAUAGAUAAAAAUUCUGAUAAAUAUUUUUUUUAAUUUACCUAGUAGAAUUUAAACAUAAGUGCAAAAAUCAGCCACCAUGUAUAAAAAAAAACUCAAGUCCUUGUCAAAGAACAAUAAAGUAAUGAGCAAAACAAAGUAUGGGGGGAAAAAAGAAAAAAAGCAUGCAACACAACAAGGAACAUGUCGACAAAAAGCCUUCUUUAGUGAAAAACAACAGUGAAAACAAUAUGACAUAAAAAUAAACACUUAGACUUAUAUGCCGUAUAUAAUAAAUUAAAUAAGGUACAAACUUACUUAAUGUCAAUAGUUAGUGAAAUAAUUCCUCAGGAUAUAUUCAGUGGCUUUUUGAUAGAAGUUCUCUGUUAAUAUUCAGUGGCUAUUUGAUGGAAUUUCUCUGUUAAUAUUCAGUGGCUAUUUGAUAGAAUUUCUUCGUUAAUAUUCAGUGGCUAUUUGAUAGAAUUUCUCUGUUUAUAUUCAGUGGCUAUUUCAUGAAAGUUCUAACAUUACAAUAGUGGUAUUAAGAUGAAACACCCAAUACAAAAUAAUAAUAAUGGUAUCAAGGGGAACCACCCCAUACAACAUAAUAAGCGUAUCAAGGUGAACCACCCUAUACAACAUAAUAAUGGUAUCAAUGUGAAAAACCCCAUACAACAUUAAGGAUGUGUCACCACACAACAACUUUAUAUUAUGCAUUCAUAAUGCACCCUCAUUAUGCUCCCUACACAUAUGGACACAGACAAUGCUAUUAUCAGACACUGUGCUGUUAUCACACAAUAUCCUGUUAUCACACACUAUUCUGUUAUCACACUACACACUAUAUUUAACACACACUCUCCCAAUAUCACACACUAUCCUGAUAACACACACUAUCCUGUUAUCACACACUAUCCUAAUAUCACACACUAUCCUCUAAUCACACACUAUCUGAUUAUGUAAAGCACUUUCUCAAGUUCGUGAUGAAAUAUCCUGUAUAAAAUCAACAGGUACCUGCUCUGUGGACAAACUGUGACAGGGGAGGCAAACAAGGACUCUGGCUCAGCUGCGUUGCUGCCAUCACCACUGAGAAGUAAUUCUAAAUGGGGACAUGCCAUUCAGGUAUCUGAUCAUGGAGUUGAUUGAAUAUUAUAUGACCAAUAAAUUGGGGUGGGGGGGUGGGGGGGGUGUUGCUAUACUUGAGGUGUCAUUGGUUCUGUCAGUAUUAAAUGACCUAUAAAUGAGAAUUAUCAUAUCUGAUCAUUUUGUUAAUUAAAUAUAGUAUUAGAUUACCAUUAGAUGAAGUAAUUUCAUACAGCUAAUCUAUCUGAUCAUCAUCCUGAUUCUGUUAUUUAAAUAUUCCUAGUUUUUCAUGUGAUAAUGAAUUAACUUAAUUUGGAAGUUGUUCUAUUUUAGAGUUUAAGCACACAAGAGUUUGUAGAAACUGUUUCCUGUUUCAUGAAAGUCACAUGGGCAGCAGCAUCGGGGAGGCUCCACCUCCUCAGCUCUAACCAGCCAAUCAAAGACAGCAGGGAAGGGUUUGGCUGUGGCCAUAGAAGCAGGCAAAGUAGUACAGGUAAAUCGUAGUGCAGGUACAAAUAUGUAGAAAAAAAAUUGAUGAAUUGAUAGAGUUAAGUCAAACAUUGUUGUAAUAAAAAAGGAGCUACUGAAAUUUUGGGUUUUCUGCUGACCUCCCUGGUACGCAUGAUUAAAUCUUUGAUUCUCAACACUUUUAGAUUGCAAGCCCUUCUCUAUAGUUACUGUUAAUUUAUCAGAGCAAUCUGACUGGCUGAUUUGACAGCACAAACAGUGACAAUGAUUUUCAUGUCACAACAAGUGAAUGUAUCAUCUCAAAUGCUAAUUGAACCAAUUCGUUCAUCCCUUCUCUUACAGGCAGUUCAGCCAGCACCAACAGUGACAGUGAUUCUCAGGCCCACCACACAGGGAUCUACUCUCAUCAUGUGACCAUUCCUACUCAGGAUGCCAACAUCGCCAAGGAGGCUCUAGAAAUUUUAAUAACAUGUCUUCAGCUAAGAAAGGAAUUAUUAGGUGAGAUUCAGGCAAGACACUGGUGGAACAAUAGGUCUUAAAUUGUUGCUGAACUGUGUGGGAUGUUUGCUUAAUUGUAUGUGGCUAUGGAAAAUGAGUUGUAUGACACUAUGUCAAUAAUGUCACUUGAUUCAAUGAGUAAUUAUUGUCCUGUAUAACUAGGUUCUGUGCGUGAACUUGAUUCAAAGAGUAAUUAUGUCCUGCGUAAGUAGGUUCUGUGUGUGAAUUUUAGUCAGUGAGUAAUUAUGCCCUGUGUAACUUGUUUCUGGGUGUUAAAUCAGUCCUGUCUAACUUCCAGUCAGUUCUAGAUAAUUUUUUUUUUUUUAAAGAUAAGCAUUUGUCAAAUAGCUUAUUACAGAACAUCUGAUAGUUACUAUCAUAGGGACAUCGUUGUUUUGCUUCUAGUAUUUAACUAUUUAAUUACAGUUGUUUCCACGCUUUUUCUUAUAGUGUCAUUCUACACGCUGCCGUAUGUCAGUGAGUUUGUCUUGGAACUUCUUGUGGGCUGUCCUCUUGCCAAUAUAAGGGAUGUAACUCUUGAGCAGCUCUUUCUCCUGUCCAAGCUGGAGCUAUCUAACCCUGAGAUGGGUGACGCAGUACAGACGCCACGACAGUUUAUCUUGAAGCUGUUACUCAAAGCGUACCUUCCAUUCUGGGUGUCAUCAUCUAAUGCUCGGGGAUCCACACAAAAGUUGGUAUUUUUAAUAAGUCAUUUUGUCCAAAGUUUUGUUAUUUCAAAUGUUUUAAUUAUAGGAACAUUGCAUCAAUUUUAAUCAAUGGUUUUGUUACUGGCAUACCAGACAAUUUUUUUUUACUGGCAUAGCCAGAUAAUUUAUGUAUUUUUUUAACUGGCAUAUCUGUACAUUUGAUUCUUGUUCUUUCUGAUUUCUUCUUUUAAGACUUCUAAACCAAUGUUCCCAGUAUUUUGAGCUGAGAUGUCGACUCUUAGAAAAUUUAUCUUGUAAGUAGACUUUAAUCAGGAACCUCUUAACUUACGGGUGACCAAUAAAAUGCAGAUUUACCAGGUCGUAAAAUAAGGAAAUAAACAAAAUACCCAUAAAGUGAAAACUUGGAACAGAGCCAAGCAACAGCAAAGGUUGGGACUCAAAGGCUUCCUCAACAAAGUUCACAACAAAAUGUACACAAAAAACAGACCUGUUUACUCUUACGAUUUUGGCAUACAAUGUACGAUUUUGAGGUGUAUACAUUAUAUAUGCUGUAUGUUUAUUUUUACUAUAAAUAUAACGUGUUGAACGAUUUUGUGAUGAUGUUGUACGAUUUUAAGAGUUUGAGGGUAAACAGGUCUGGAAAAAUGAAAAAUUGUUCUGAAUCUGAGAAUAAAAUAUAAUUUAACAGAUGAUCAUGAUGUAGCUUAUCAAGAUUUCUCUUACUGUGUGCAUCUUAUUUCCUCAACCUGUAGCUACUAGUUUUGAAAUCAUUGUUGUUGUUUUUUAAAUCAAUCAUUCUUUUGAAAAUGUAUCAUGUUAAAUAAGUUUUUCAUAUUAAUAACAAUAUUGGCCUGUAUUGAAUUGAUUUAAUCUUAUAGUGUAGUGUUAGAACAAAAUGGACUGGGUAUUGACUUAGUAAUUGAUAUAAAAAAUUUUCAGUGUUGGAACAAAAUGGACUGGGAAUUGACUUAGAGUCAAUGCUUGAAGAUGAGAUUGCCUGGCUGAGCAAUUUUGUCCCCUCACGCCAUGCCGACCUCCAACAAACAGACAACACCUUACUGGCAGGACACCUCAAGCUGAUAAGAACAUUACUAACAUGUGAGGGUGUCGACAAGGCAGGCCAUGGUGGGUAACUCUUUUAUUCCUUUCAAUCAAACAAUCGCAAAAACAAAUUAGGAAAUAAUUUAAUUGAAAGACGUGUUUUAAAAUUUCACCCCAAAUUUAUAUUUUGUUAUACGACUAUUUAAUUCUAAACACAGCUCAUCAGUUCAGAGUUUACGAAUACCAAAAGAAUGACUUCAGUUAUUUGUUAGUGUUAUAAAUCAUGAAAUAAAUGUUCAUUCUAAUUUAUUGUACUUAAUUUUCUGUUUUACUAUUUCUCUAUGAAUACCGGAGUUAGCACCAUUAGAAGUUCUUAUAAAUACUAUACAAUUAAUGAUGUUACCACCAUCAGUUGUUAAUAUCAAUUCUAUACUUCAACUUGCGUUAACAAAAUCAAUAGCUAAGGUCAUUUCUAUACUACUACUUGGUGACCACUAUCAGUAGUUAUUAUCAAUUCUUUACUAUUUGUGUUACCACCAUCAAUAAUUAAUACCAAUGCUGUGCAACUUUUGCCAUUACAACCAUUAUUAGUUUUCACAACCGUUAUUAGUUUUAAAGAGACCAGGCCAAUUAGUCUAGUUCAAAUUAUGUAAUCAGAAAUGUCACUGAUGUUUGUCUUAAGUUUCUAAAUGUUUCAUUAUGUAAUGUCUAAAUCACCAGGUUCCAGCCUGGUCAGCUACCUGCUUCAUGACUUCCUGUUUCCUGCUUCCAAACUAAUGUUAGACAGUAUGAACCAGCCAGCCCAGGACAGUAGUCUAAUGGAGUUUAAUCCCAAGUAAGAAACUUAACAUUAUUUUGCUAACUGUCCUAUGAGGGGCCAUCCAUAUAUUAUUUACACAAAAAAAGUCAAAUUUUCCACCCCUCCUCCUUUUGCACACAUCCCUUUUUUUAAUAUACCCCCUAGGCCUAUUUAAUAUGGGUUUUUACCACCCACCCCCCUCCACCACCACCCAAAAAAACCACCAACUACUCAAUUUAUAUUUACAUAAUUAUGACGUCACACCAAAAAAAACUUGUCAGGGUCUUUCCACAACUGUUUGGCAAGCCCAGAUUCCCCAAAUGUGUGACACUUCACCCUGGGAUGUUGUGUAGCCCUUGGCAGGGCUAUGGGGAGGGGUAACCUUUUAUUAUUUAAUAAAAAUGUCAUUGCUAACUUGAAGAAGUGUAAUUUUUUAGAAAUUGAUUCAGUGCGCCUGGUAAAAACCUAACUUUGGCCAGGGCUCUGAAAAUCAAACAAUUUUAGGAACUACUUGCACAGCUGAACAAAAUUAACUAAAUACAUCAUGCACAUGGAACAUACCCAAGGACCAUGCCAUAAAUGAUGACACCAACCUUCAGCAGAUUCUUCCCCCUGCCCACCCCUGCCCUUUUUUUUUCGACACAAAUCAGAUACAUGUAACACGCUUUAAACACACUUCAUCACAAAAUUGUGGAGCGCCCCCCCCCCCUUCCUCUUUUCCCACCCACGCACAAUUUGCCCUAAACAUAUGACAUUUUUUAUUAGUGGCUUCAAAGGCAAAAAGGUGACAAAAUAUUACUGUUGCUACCCUACUAUUAGUGUGAUUUAUAGCAUGUUCACUUCUUGUGAAAACACUGAGCAACAGUGUGAUGACAUUUACAAAAUGCUCUUUAUAGACUCAGAAUUUCAUGAAAAUUAUUGCAGAAUUUUUAUUUCACUUUUGUGAAUAAAUGUUUGUACUUUCUGCCGAGAGAGAGAGACGUCCAACCCCCCUACGGGCCCUAUGCAUGCAUAUAUAAAUUUCCAAAAUUGACAAGCCUUCCCCCAUCGGUACGAACGUACUUAGGAAGUCCCUAAGAUUGAAUCUAAUGCUUAGUCAUAAAUGCUUUCAUCUCUCUGUUAAUUAUUCUUUCAUCCAUCUGAGUGUGUCACCUUGUCAUUUUACAAUGUCUCUAUGGAGCUGUGUCACCUUGUCUUUGGACAUUGCCUGUGUGCUGCAAGGUUUCUAAGAUUUGAUCAACAUUUCAGAUGUUCCAACUCUGAGUCUCGUGUUGCAGCGUAUGACCUCCUGGCAGAGCUGUCUAAUCAUUGCCUGGCCAACCUGAAGCUGAUCUGUAAGGAGCUGCUCAUAAUGCACCAUCAGCUGAUUGACAACAAGGAAUGGGAGGUAAGCCGGUCUUUCAUGGGAGCUAAGAUGUUCUUUCAUGGGAGGUAAAGCAGUCUAUAAAACCUACAUGACUUUUUAUUUACUGAAAACUUUAACAAUAGCACUAUUUAAAUGCAGGCUAGAGGUCUGACCUUUUAGUUACUGAAAACUUACAGUCACUCAUAUUUUUAUCCAAAACGCAAGAAAUAAAUUAAUUAAUAUUUGUUGUUUUUUUUAGAAUGUAUUAUUGCACUUUAUCGCUAAAUAAUCUAAUAAACAUUUAACUGAAUUACUAUUGAAACAUUAAACUGAAUUACUAUUGAAACAUUAAACUGAAUUACUAUCGAAACAUUAAACUGAAUUACUAUUGAAACAUUAAACUGAAUUACUAUUUAAACUUUAAACUGAAUUACUAAUGAAACAUUGAACGAAUGAGGUUAAGUGAACUAUAGAGAUUAAAAAUCAGUGGUUCUCAACCUUCCUAAUGCUGCGACCCUUAAAUACAGUUCCUCAUGUUGUUGCGACCCCUAGCCAUAAAAUUAUUUUCAUUGCUACUUCAUAACUAGAGUAGAUGUGUUUUCCGAUGGUCUUAGGCGACCCCUGGGAAAGGUUCGUGCGCCAAGGGGGAAGCGGCCCCCAGGUUGAAAACCGCUGUUAUAAAUAAUGGUGACUUUCCCUUCUCCUAGUACAUGCCGCCAGUGGAUGGCCGAGCGAGCUGUGGAUAUGUAGGACUAAAGAAUGGAGGGGCCACCUGCUACAUGAACUCAGUGCUGCAGCAGCUUUAUAUGACCCCAGGGGUACCUGAGGCAGUGCUCAGUGUUGAUGAGGACCAACCUGACGAAGAGUCGUAAGUUUCUUCUAUAAACUCAUCAUUGGUCCACUUUAAGUCUGUUGUACUUUUUAUUAGUCCACUUUAACCCACAAGCUGUCAAAUGCAAACGUGUUGUGGGUGUCAACUUUUUUUUAAGUAACUUUGGUAUGUAUCACUGAAAUCCCAAAACUUACAGAAAAUGAAUCCAGAGACCCGUAUAAUUAAAGAUAUUCUUAGAGUAACUUGGCAAAGUUAUCAUAUGGUAAAUUGGACAACGAAUCUUAUGUUAAAUUGGACACAGUAUCAUAUGGUAAAUUGGACAACAAAUCUUAUGUUAAAUUGGACACAGUAUCAUAUGGUAAAUUGGACAAGGAAACAUCGUAAAUUGGACAAAGAAUCUUAUAUUAAAUUGGACAAGGAAUCAUAUGGUAAAUAGGACAAGGAAUCAUCUGGUAAAUAGCACAAGGAAUCAUUUGGUAAAUAGGACAAGGAAUCAUAUGGUAAAUUGCACAAGGAAUCAUCUGGUAAAUAGGACAAGGAAUCAUCUGGUAAAUAGGACAAGGAAUCAUCUGGUAAAUAGGACAAGGAAUCAUAUGGUAAAUAAGACAAGGAAUCAUAGUAUGAAUGUUCGAAUUCUGUUAGCUAUGUGGAAUCAUAUGACUGUGAUACUGUUUAUCAUUCUUCAACUCAUACCCAUACUGACUUCUGUGUCAUUUUCAUCAUCUAAAUAAGUUUAUCAGACAAAUGAAGCAUUAUUCUUUCAUUUAAGAAAAUAUAAAGUUAUUUGGGUUUAUAGAUACGGUAGUUAAAAAAAAUUGAUUCAUUGAUAACCCACAUACUUCUUUAAAAUGAUAAUAAGGCGGAGAGACUGCAAUCAGGUGAAGGAAAAGGAGAUAAGUCAAACAAAGUGAGAAAACCUGAAAAAAGGGCGCAACAAACCUGUUGGCAAGAAGCCUUCUUUAGCUCUUUUGUCGCAUCCUCUUUUUUUUUUUCUGGCUUUCUCAUACUUUGAAUUAUUUCUUUAUAUAAUGCCUAUUAAAUUAAUGAAUACCCUAUUUUCCACUACUUCCACGAUAAGAACUUGACCUGCUUAAACUAUCAUCACUUUUCAUUUCUAUCUUUAGCAUAUCUUGUUCCACUUUUUUGACAGUUCAUUGGUUAAGUUGUUUGGAUUUCGUAUUGGUUCACUUCAAGUUGGUAAUAUUGGUCUAUUUGCUGAUGUCUGCAUUUGUGCUAUCACGCAUGGACUAUUGCAAUUCUCUCAUGGUGGGUCUUCCAGCUAUGCUCCUUGAUAAAAUUCAGAUAGUACAGAAUAAUGCGGCUCGAAUUGUUCUCCGCAAAAGCAAGUUCGACCAUGCAAAUUCAAUUCUGAGAGAGUUGCAUUGGCUGCCGGUGCGUACUCGCAUAGAGUACAAAAUCGCAACUUUGUGCUACCGCUGUCUACAUGGCCUGGCGCCGUCCUAUCUGAAAGAGCUGCUGACGCCUUAUGUACCAACCAGACAACUCCGCUCAUCCGACAGUGGCAAACUCUUGACACCACGUGUUCGCCUUGAGACUUGCGGAAAGCGCACUUUCGCGUUUGCUGGUCCAACAAUUUGGAACGCCCUUCCACUCGAUCUCAGAAACAUCCAGACACUGGAGUCUUUUAAAACCGAUUUAAAGACACAUUUAUUUCGCAAACACUUUCUGGGAUGAUUGUCUACCAUAUUUUCCAUUUAAUGCAUAUUAGAUGUGUUGCUCACAGUUGAAAUGGGUUGAAAGACUUUGACAAUGUAUGCUUGUAAUUAGUUUUUGUAGUAUUGCGUUUGUUUUAAACGUGGUAAAUUAUAGAUUUGUUUUUUGUUGACUUUGUACCACGCUUCGAGCCUUUGGGGAUGAAGCGUGUUUUUGAAAUGAACUUUAUUAUUAUUAUUUUAAAUAGGAUUUUUUUUUCUUAGUCCACUUUGAGAUGAUGGGAUCUCUAAUUGGUUCACUUUAAGUGAUUUAUGUAAUUCUUACAUCUAAAUGAACUUUGACUGUACUGACUGUAAUUGUUUCAUUUGAACACAGAGUGUUUUACCAAGUGCAGCAAAUGUUUGGUCAUUUGAUGGAAAGUCGCCUACAGGCUCAUGAGCCUGAGAAAUUCUGGCAGGUCUUCAAACUUUGGGGCCACUCUAUCAAUAUUCGAGAACAACAGGAUUCUUUUGAUUUCUUUCAGGCUGUACUUGAUCAAAUAGAUGAACAUAUGAAGGUAGGAUUUUAAUGAUAAAAUAGACCAACAGAGGAAGUUAGCAUAUAGAAUUUAAAGAUCAAACAGAUGAACAUAUUAAGUAGGAUAUAGAAUUUAAUGAUCAAAUAGACGAACUUAUGAAGUUAGGUUAUAGAAUUCUAGUGAUCAAAUAGAUGAAGGUAGGAUAUAUAAUUUAAUGAUGUACAGUACCUGGAUACUGCUUCACCAGUAGUGUUGGAUUCUUGACAUCAUCUAACAUCAAUUUCACAUUAUGUGUUACAUCUGGACAUUUAUUCAACAACUUUGUUCCAUUGAAGAGAUUGUUCCAUUGAAGAGAAUAAACACUGUCUUUUCUUGUCUCAUUUCAAAGUAAGGACUAUGGUGCUUCCAUUCGAAUGGGGGUUUUUUUUGUUGAGAUUUCUUUUUUGUUGUGCUUUCAAAAUCAUUUUUCACUUGCAAGUAACAUUUUUCAAGUAAUUUUUAGAAAUUUAAAGGGGCUGUGAAAAAAAUAUUUAAUACUUUUUAAAAAAAAGACUUUCUAUCAAACUCAAAGAUUACUUUAAUUAAACUCAUUAAAAAGUAAAAAAUAUUUUUGUUUAAUUUCUUAAAAUGGAUUACGCAUAGAAAGUAUGUGCAUUCUAUGAAGCCCAAGUAUUCCUAUUAAAAGUAGAAGAAAAUCAUACAUGUUUGCAAUAUAUUUUCUGCACAAACUUAACUUAUUUACAGUUUUCGUAAAGAAUUUUAAGAAAAGUACUUUAUACGUUUUAGUGUUUAAACUUUUUAAAAUACAUUUUUUAUUUCUAAUUAUUAGUAUUCAAAUUACAAUCUUUAAAUUACCAACGAAGGUAGACUAUACUUUUAUAAACUCAAAAUCCCGGUUAAAGUGACUUAACACUAAAGCUUUACCUUGACAUAAAACUAAAAAAGUAGAUUUUAACUGCUGCAGCUUUUUACAUCGAGCCUACAUUGUUCCAAGUCUGGUUAUCCAAAGCCCUGAUCCCAUCAAAGAAAACCCUAGUUAGGAUCAACAGUUAUGGUGCAAGAGACAGGAUAAAAACCUUUUCUAAUGUGAUAUUAUUUAACUGAUGCGGCACAUGCUGUCCAUUGUUUGAGUCAAGUUAUCUAUGGAAAGCCUUAUCCCAUCCUAACCUAAAAUUCUAUUUAGGAUCAACGAUUAUGUAAGAGACUGACCAGAUUAGGUUUUCCUUGUAUAAGUCCUCAAGUCAGCCAAUGACCAUCCCCUAUAGCAGUCACCAUACAUGUCAAUAUUAAGAAUUUGGGCGCCAGGCCAGGUGAGCACCAGCUGCCACUAGAGUUAAAAAUUGUGCCUCCGAAAUCUCUUGAUUGCGAUUCCGCACCGGACUUGUGGCCAUUUUGACCAUCCCGUGUGCCAUGAACGGCAGAGGCCCUUUUAUUGAUUGAAGAAAUGUUUCUAUCACUUAAAAACGUGUUUGAUAUUCUAUAACAGUUUUCAAAUUAGACAUAUCCCAUCUCAAUAAAUAGAAAGAAGAUCAUCUUGUUUUUUAAAUUAGAUUUUUCAUUAAACAAUUUUUAGUAUUCAAUUUAAGAUGACAUAUAACUUAAGAUGUUUGUGUUUGAUUAAUAUUAUAUAUGAAUUAAUUUUGUUUAUAAAAAAUUUGAAGGGAUGGAAUACCAAACAUUGAAGAGUUAUUUCCCAUGAUUUUUUUUAAAUUAAAAAAAUAUAGGGGAAGUAAUUCCACACAACAACAACAACGAUUUAAUUAUUAAAAACAAUUUUUUUUUUUUUUUUUUUUUUUCAGGAAAGUGGCAAGGAAGAAAUUUUCAAAAAGAAAUUUCAAGGAAUCUUUUCCGAUCAAAAAAUUUGCAAAGACUGCCCUCACAGGUAAAAUAUCACAGUUGCUCUCACGAGCAUAUCAUUAUUUAUUUAAAUUGUCACAUCGGUACCUAGCAAAAUUUUUAUUAUAUUUUUGUUGACUGUUAUCGGAAAGCACUGGUGAUUAAUAUUUCUCCUUGAAGGUUUGAGAGAGAACCAUUAUUAGAGUGCACUGGUGAUUUGUAUUUCUCCUUAAAAGGGAUGAGAGUGAACUGUUAUCAGAGUGCACUGAUGACUUAUAUUUCCACUUGAAGGUAUGAGAGAGAAGAGGCUUUCAUUGCUCUGAACCUGACUGUGAAGAAUGCAACACUCCAGGAUUCACUAGACCAGUUUGUCAAGGGGGAACUACUGGAAGGGGCUAAUGCUUAUUUCUGUGAGAAAUGUGGGGAGAAGGUUAGUCUCCAAAUGUAUUUAUAUUGAAAUUGAUAUAUUCAUAAUGUUUAUCACUUUGCUUAUCAAUGUAUAUUAAUUAAGGUGUUGAUUAUAUAGCUUAUUAUGGUUAAUUUUUAAAUAAGAAUCAAUCCACAUGGGCUACAAACUUCUUCAACUCCUUUUACUGAAACAAAAAUUUUAAGUUUAAGUAACACUUGGGUAACUGUAAAAAAAAAUUGACAUGCUGCUCUACGUAUGUUAUUAUAUAUUGUGUUUGAUAGAAUUUUAUUACAUGUUGAAUUUAUUUUUAACAAAAUUAAAUGUCAUAAAUACAAUAGAUAUUUUAUUGUUUCUUAUAUUAUAUGUUUUUGGCAGUUAAUUGAUGUUAAAUUAUUUGUGCUUUUGAAAACAUUAUGCAACUGCUUCCUAUUUUAUCAAUAAAUGUUAGUGCUCUAAGGGGCAUACCACUGUUAGUGUGUAGUGUAAUGUGAAUAAUGUCUGUUGGUUGAACCAAUGUUGAAUAGUUUCAGAGGAGUACACUUAAUGUCUGAUGGUUGAACCAAUGUUGAAUAAUUUCAGAGAAACACAAUCAAGAGAAUGUGCAUCAAGAAACUGCCCCCACUGCUGUGCAUACAACUGAAGAGGUUUGGCUACGACUGGGAGGCCAACAGAGCUCUCAAGUUUGAUGACUACUUCAAGGUAAUCCACAAAGACAUCUCUACACAGGGACAAUACAUCUCCACACAGAGACAUCUCCACACUGAGACAUCUGCACAUAGACAUCUGAACACAGACAUCUCCACACAGAGACAUCUCCGCACUGAGACAUCUGCACACUGAGACAUCUGCACAUAGACAUCUAAACACAGACAUCUCCACACAGAGACAUCUCCGCACUGAGACAUCUGCACACUGAGACAUCUGCACAUAGACAUCUCCAGACAGAGACAUCUCCACACUGAGACAUCUCCACAUAGACAUCUCCACACAGAGACAUCUCCACACAGACACAUCUCCACACAGAGACAACUCCACACAGACACAUCUCCACACAGACACAUCUCCACACAGAGACUUCUCCACACAGAAACUUCUCCACACAGAGACAUCACCACACAGAGACAUCACCACACAGAGACAUCUCCACACAGACACAUCUCCACACAGACACAUCUCCACACAGAGACAUCUCCACACAGACACAUCUCCACACAGAGACUUCUCCACACAGAGACUUCUCCACACAGAGACAUCACCACACAGAGACAUCACCACACAGAGACAUCACCACGCAGAGACAUCACCACACAGAGACAUCUCCACUCAGACACAUCUGCACACAACAACAAACAAUAGCAACAAACAAACUCAAUAAACAAAAUCUUGAGUUUCAAUAAAAUAAUUUGAGGAACUACGUUCAUGCUGAGUAAAGGAAGUAGUGGAACAAGAUAUGUUUAAGCUUGAAAUGAAAAGACAGACAAUUAAAAUGAAGCCUCAGAAGGAUGUCCUCUUCAGCAGACAAGACACAACAAUUAAAAUGAAGCCUCGGCAGGAUGCCCUUUUCAGCAGACAAGACACAACAUUUCAAUGUUGGAAGCGCAGCGCUCCAUCUAUUUGAUUUCUUUUCAUUUCAGUCCUAAACAAAUCUUGUUACACCAUUUACUUGAGGUUCAAGAGCUGCUAGCCUACAACGCUACUAAUCUACCUAAUGGUUUUAUUAUUAUUACCACAGAUUAUUAACAUAUCUGUUUUAUUAAAACUUUACAAAAAUUAUUUUCUUUCAUUACUUGCUAGUUCCCAUGGCGACUAGAUAUGGAGCCGUACACUGUGGACGGGAUGGCCAGGAGAGAAGGUCAACAAGGGGGCUCUGGUUCUGACACACAGUCAUUGGGCGGCACAGAAAGUGAACACAUGGGCACCGACUCACUGAAUGGAGAGAUAGAAUCGGGGAUAGAGGCGGCGUCCAUCAACUCCGAGUCUAACCCUAUACAAUAUGACCUUGUCGGUAUUGUCGUACACAGCGGCCAGGCCAAUGCAGGACACUACUAUUCAUUAAUAAGAGACAGAAGGUUAGAAAAACAUGAGUGGUUUUAUUAGAAUUUGUUAUAUCCACCUGUUAUCCUAAUGUAACUGACGGAAAACGAAGCCAGAAAACGCAAGGGACUACGAUGCUUGCUGGUUGCACCCAUCCCUUGGAUGAUUAAAAUCAUGUCAUUUUGUCCAUUUUUAAACUGUUUCAAGUAUAUUAGAUCCUUUGAGUCUUAGAAGUGUUUAACACAAGAUGAUCGUACCCUUGACUUGUUAUAGUGAUUUAUUCUCUUAGUAUGGUCAUUUAACUAUUCAACUGUCUCACCUCUGUUUGUGUGAUUAUACAACAAUGAACCUGUCUCUCCUACAGGGGCACUGCACUGACCAACCCCAACAAGGGCAAGUGGUUUAAGUUCAAUGAUACUGUUGUGGAGGAGUUUGACAUGAAUGAUGUCACUGUGGAACAAGAAUGUUUUGGGGGCACCUACAAGGCUAAAGUCUAUGAUUCCUGUAAGUGUGGCAUCAAUUAUUUAUCCCAAAAGAUCAUCUCAUGGAUUUGAUGGUCAAGGAAUAGCGAUAUGCUGAAAUUGUCCUGGUUUGGAAUUUAAUUGGAAAAUGAUUUAAUUAUAUUAUUUAAUAUUCUAAAAAUGUAAAUGUUCAAUAUAAUCUUCAUCAUCUCAUGCAUUUAUUGGUCAAUCAAUCAAUAUAUAUAUAUAUAAAGGCUAUCUGACAUGAGCUAUCUAAUGAAUUUUUGGUCUAAUAUGUUUUAUCUAUAUUCACAAUACUAACCAUUAAAUAAAAGAUCGAUGUUGCCUAUAAAUUUGGCAUAACUGUGUCGUUGAUUGCAUCAGGUUACAUCAGUCAGGUUCUAUCAGUCGGGUUACAUCAGUCAGGUUACAUCACUCAGGUAACAUCAGUUGGGUAACACCAGUCAGGUUACAUCGUCAGGUAACAUCAGUCGGGUAACAUCAGUUGGGUAACAUCAGUCAGGUUACAUCGUCAGGUAACAUCAUUAGGGUUACAUCGGUGGACACAUCAGUCAGGUUACAUCGUCAGGUAACAUCAUUAGGGUAACAUCGGUGGACACAUCAGUCAGGUUACAUAACACAUUAAAAAGCUUUAUACCUGACUUCCCAGCUAACACAUACCCUGAAGAAAGACUCCGCUACUGGAAUGGCUACCUCCUGUUUUAUGAAAGACAAGAAGAUCUCAGGUCACCAGUCACGGCCAAACGCAGUAAAAUCAUCUCUCGUAGAGUGCUACCUGAGGGCGGGUAAGUCACAUACUUGCAGAGUGGGGGUGGGUAUAUCACACACUGGUAAAAUACUACAGAGGGUGAAUUAGUCAUACACUCAUAGUGUUACCCGAAGUUGGUUAAGUCACAGACUUGUAGAGUGUUAAGUCAGUUUCCUGGUUCAGUUAAGUGACGGUUGGUUACCUCUUAUAAUAGACUAUUGUUCACCCUUUCAUAAUAGACAUUUGUCCACACACAUGUUAGACUAUUGUUCACUCUUUCAUAAUAGACGUUUGUCCACACACAUAUUUUAGACUAUUGUCCACAUUCUCAUAAGACUUUUGUCCUCACUCUCAUUCUCAUGUAAGACUUGUCCACACUCCCGUAUGAGACUGUUGUCUCCUCACAUAUUUGAAGAUUGUUCACACUUUCAUAAUAGACAUUUGUCCACACACAUAUUAGACUUGUUAACGCUUUCAUAAUAGACAUUUGUCCACACACAUAUAAGACUAUUGUUCACUCUUUCAUAAUAGACAUUUGGCCACACACAUAUUUAACUAUCAUCCACACACUCAUAUAAGACUAUUGUCCACACUCUCAUAAGACUUUUGUCCACACACUCAUAUAAGACUUGUCCACAAACUCGUAUGAGACUGUUGUCUACUCACAUAUUUGAAGAUUUUUCACACUUUCAUAAUAGACAUUUGUCCACAUAUAUCUGACUAUCGUCCACACACUCAUAUAAGACUAUUGUCCAAACACACCUGUAAGACCAUUGUCCUCACUCUCAUAUGAAACCAUUCUCCAUACACUGAUAUAAGACCACUGUCCACACACUCAUUUAAAACUAUUGUCCACACCCCCAUGACUAUUUCCAGUAAGCGAAGUUUGAACAGUGACAGUCUGAUGGAGCUCACAGAACUGGUCCACAAAGGGGAGAGAAAGGGGAUCUUCCUGGACCGGAUGCCAGCCGGUAUACAACAAGUUAUCCAUGCAGAGAACAUCACUUUUGUCAAAAAUAGGGACAUUUACAACCCAGAAUACUUCACUUUUGUCAGGCAGCUGGUCACUUUGGUGGCUCAGAAUAAGGUCAUUGUUGCCUCAUUGUUAUCUCACCAUUAUAUUCACAAAUGCUGCCAUAAUGAUGCUGUAGACCUGGUUACUUUUGCUGUACAAUGUACAAUUUUGAGAUGUCUUUUAAGAUUGUAUGCUGAACUACCAUUUUAAGAGACUGGGUUGAAAAAAUGUAUUCUGAUAGUUUUUAGGAUUUAACAAAAUUAAUACUGCAUUUUCAUUUAGUUUUAGCUUCUCUCUCCACUCACAGCUGUAAUACAUCCGAGAAAUACAAAUAGGUUGAGGACCAUCCAUCUAUGUGUAUAAUUUGCCAGCAAAGGUUAAACACCACCAUCAAGCAGGCUAUACAUAGAUACGCCAGGGUGUGGUUAAAUUAAUGAGUUCACUAGCGCGCAAAAUAUAAUUCCCGAUAACUACGCUAAAUGAUAUAUAUAUAUAUUGGUGCGUAAUAUUUUCUUUUUGAAAAUGAAAUCGUCUCAAUUUAAGUAUUGUGUAAAAAAAUAUUCUGUUUAAAAGUGGUUGGGACAUGAGAAUAUUAAUAUAGUUCAUGGGCGUGAAAUAAAAAGUGUGCUGUGUCGUAUCAUCGGCGGUUGGGUGGGGGGGGGGGGGCAGCAAAAAUGGGGAUUUAGUUUAUGUUUUGUCAAGUAGCUUUAGUAGAUAUGAAGCUCACACAUUGAUGUGACCAAUGUUUGGCGGGCUAUAUCUAGUAAUUGUAUAACAUAAGCACUGAGAGAGGUAGGGGACGGUGUCGAUUUAGGAACGUGUGGGUUUGCAGGGUUUUGGGGUAGGAGGAGUCAUCUUAGAUAUUUUUAAAGCUUAUAAAAUAACACUGCCUUGUCUCAUGAUGGUAAAGAUCAUCAAAUUGUUCUUCUGUAUUUUUACAAUGAACUCGCUUGAUACGGAAACAGUUACACUUAGCGUAGUCCCUCUAGUCUAAUGAUAAAUUUAAUCACAUUAGCUUUUGUUUGCUUUGGUGCUGUAUGAGGUAAUUUUGUGAGAUAAUAAUUUCAUUCUUUGGCUGAACCACAGUGUUUGCAAAAACUGAAACUGAGAACACUAUUAUUUUUUGUAUGAAUGCAUUCUCAAUUGCUCCGCAUCAUUUCAAAGCUAUUUUUAGAAGUCACUAAGCAGCUGUGCAAUUUUAAAACUCCAGCGCUCAUGUAGUUAUUAAACUAUCUGUUAACGGGAAAUAAAAUCAGGCUCCUAGGCUUAAUGCUGGGGGGAGCAACCAACUAAUUUUUAAAAAAAUAGAUUGUACUGAGUAAUCUUAAAUACAAAUUAUUGACAAAACAAUUUUACUAUUUAGUCAUUACUAAAAAUUAAGAAUUGAAAUAAACACAGAUAGGUCAAGGGAACUUCCUUCUCCCUAAGCAUUUCUUCGUUUUUCUUCCAAUUAAGUGUGUAAUGAUGCAAAAAUAAACUAUAUUCAAGUAUAUGCAAAAGUCAAUCACGAUUUUUUUUUUUUCUGGCGGGAGGGCUCGACCACCUCCCCAAACCCCCCCCCCUCUUUGGCGGGGGGCCUCGCUUUCCCCCCCCCCCCCCCCCCCCCCCCCCUAAUAAUACAAAAAUAAAACAUAUUCAAAUAAAUGCAAAAGUCAAUCACGAUUUUUUUUUUUUCUGGCGGGAGGGCUCGACCACCUCCCCAAACCCCCCCCCCUCUUUGGCGGGGGUCCUCGAUUUCCGCCCCCCCCCCCCACCCCAUCUUCGUCUAUCAAAGAGGUGAUGACAGGCAGCUUUUUACUUGCAAAUAAGCUCUGUACAUAAAUUUAUGAACUGGUAGUAACUGGUGUAAGAGCUGUUUAAAAAUAAUUCAUAUACGUAGGUCACUAAACGCCAUCUAGUGACCAUGUGUAGGAGUUUCUGAAGUCAUUAGUCAAAUGAGUUGCUAGUUUGCAACAGGUUCGCUGGCUGUCACAUUGGAUUAACAGUGUAAAUAAAAUUUUGAAAAUUGCUCAAUAUUUCGUGACACCACAUGGAGAUAUGGCCUACAUUUUAGGAUCCUUUGGGUCAUGCCAAACAGACAGUGGAGAAAACCAUUGACAUUUUAUUUACUGUCCUCAUAAGUGUCUACAAAAUAAUUGUGUUUUUUGGGGGGGUUUUUUAGGAGUGGCGGGGUUGCAAGCUUAUAGUAAAAAUGUGCAGGGGAUGGGGAGGGAGAAUUAGCCACCCUAUUCUUGUGAUUUCAGUUCAGUGUUUUCCUUCAGAUCUAUUUUUAUGUUUUCAUUCUUGUAGAGAUUUGUGAAUGCUUUAAUGCAGUGUUUCCCUUGUCUCCACCAGGACGAGCCAGACUACCCUGAGAUGACCAUCCAAUGUAUGCAACUUAGCAUUAGGUUUUUACUCAACACUUACUUACGGACACGCUUAAAAACACAGUAAGUGCUUUAGGGCUCUUGCUACUUUUGUAGUUAAUUGUUGUAAUAACUGAAUUCUUUGUAAAGCUGUGCCAGGCUACUGCUUUUGACAUUAUACGGCUGUGCUGAGAAGCUGUACCACUUCGAGACCAUUUACUGUAAGUUUUCUGGACUUCAGGACCUGAUAACUUGUAAGUUUUUGGUAAGGCCGAAAUGUCCCACCCAUUCCCUUGGGCCCAUUAUGUAUAACAAUUGCUGCUUCAUGACAGAAGUAUCCUGACCAAUGUUGUUUCAGAUUUUCCUAAUUAGACUUGGUCUUUGGCAUUCAGUAGACUUGGUCUUUGGCAUUCACAAGAAUUGGUCUAUGGCAUUCACUAGACUUGGUCUUUGGCAUUCACUAGACUUGGUAUUUCUGUCAUUUACUAGACUUGGUAUUUGGCAUUCACCAGCUUUGGCAAUAGCAAGACUUCCACAGACGCGAGACCAAAUUAUUUUCCACUAAAUUCGUUUGACUUACAUGUCUGCUACUAAACCACAAGUGUUUCCUUGAUCCCGCAGGUCAGAGUUAGAUGAAUGGGUCACCUUGCUGGAUAGUUUGAUGUCAUCCUGUCGAGAUGCCUGUUUGUGGUUGAUAGAUUACCUGGCCAGCAGUGAAGGCAACGAAAUAAUCAAGUUGGUGGUAUUUUUUUUUUCCAACAAUCCUUCCUCCACACAUCAAUACAGACAAUCAACAAUCUUUCCACACAUCAAUGCAGGUUAUUAACAAUCCUUCCAUCGCACAUCAAUACAGACAAUCAACCAUCCUUCCACCAUACAUCCAUACAUAUAUCAAAGAUGGUAAUUAGGAUUGCACUGAUUGAUUGAUUUUUGUGGUUAAUCUGGUUUUUUUUAAACUAGUCAGCUUAAAAUAAUGUUUUCUAGACUUACAUUAAGUUUAGACGGUUUUAAUAUAAUCUUGGAUUAUGAGCUUUUUAUCAAAUUUUCACCAUGUAAGGUAUAUGCUAGACUCUAAAUAUCUUCUCCCCCCCCCCCCCCACAGGGAGGGAGGAUGAUAAGAGUGUAGAUCAACAUUAGAUACAUAUUAUAGUAUAUUAUAGUACAUAGUAUAUUAUGCCACUUUUCCAUGUUUAUAAUAAAAAUAAAAUAUAUGUACCAUGUACUGAGGCUUAUCUGUGCAACUCUGUUAUUUACUAUCAAUAAUGCAAUUACAAAACACAUAUUAAUACUGCUAUUAUAAUACACAUAUUAAUACUGCAAUUAUAAGACACAUAUUCAUACCGCUAUUAUAAGACACAUUAAUACUGCUAUUAUAAUACACAUAUUAAUACUGCUAUUAAAGACACAUAUUAAUACUGCUGUUAUAACACAAUUAAUACUGCUAUUAUAAGACAAAUAUUAAUACUGCUAUUAUAACACAUAUAUUAAUACUGCUAUUAUAAGAAACAUUAUUUAAUAUGUCUAUUAUAAGACACAUAUUAAUAUAGCUAUUAUAAGACACACACUGUUGAUUAUUCCAGACCAUUCAUCUUAGAAUGCCCUAGCAAAGAGGUCCGUGUGAUGUUUUGCAAACUUUUAGAGAAAAUGUUUGCCAGUUUUUUCCAUCAUGGAGGUGUUCCUGUAAGUAAACCUUGUUAUCGAAAUAUAUCUUGUUUCACAAAUUUUGAAUAGUUGACCGUUACAAAGUUUGAACAAUUGACCUAUUCCAAGUUUGAAUAACUGAACUUAACCAAGUUUGAACAAUUGACUUUACAAAGUUUGAACAAUUUAUCCUCACAUUAGAUAAAAACCUUGACCUUGAUAUAAGAAAGGAUCUUUGCAGAAGGUGAUAACACAUCGCAUUGACAUUUAGUUAUAAUAAAAUUUCAUUAAAGUCCAACCAUGUCAACUUGUAAAAAUGUUGAAAGCUUUACCCAAUGUUAUCAUUUCCACCAUUUGUCUAUUUCAGACACACCCCAACCUGAACACACUGCUGGAAAACCUGCUGUCAUUACUAGAUAAAGAUGCUGUAGAUUUAGUUAGGAAUAGUACUCAGUAUUUUCUGAUCAUCAGGUCUUACAUACAGAUGGUAAUGAACUCAACUCCUUUAACUUUUAGAUUGCUUUUAAGCAGAUUUUUUUUUCUUCGUUUUUUUUUUUCUAUCCAAAUGUCUCCCAAUAUCUCUUACAACUUUAUGUCCCUAAUAUCUCUUACAAUGUAAUUUCAAAAUGUCUACUCUUACAACUUAAUGUAUCUCUUACAACCUAAUUACCCUAAUAAAUCCUGUCUCCACUAUCUCUUACAACAUAAGUCCUUCACAACUUACAAGGUAAAGUCCCUAAUAUCUCCCACAGUGUUAUGUCCCUAGUAUCUCAUACAAGAAAAUUUCCUCAUUCUGGCUCAUGCUUAAACUUUUAGGGGACAAAAGCUUGUGCACACAUGUUUGGCAGAAAUGGAUUUCAACGUCUGGUCAUCUUCCUUCUUGGCAAUGGUAAUGGGGUAAGUGGAAAUGGUAAUGGGUUAAGUGGCUAUGACGAUUGGGUAAGUGACUAUGGAAAUGGAGUAAGUGGCUAUGGUAAUAUGGUGAGUGGCGUUGGUAAUGGGGUAAGUGGUAAUGGUAACAGAUCUGGUUACUUUUCCCAUUUACAAUUAUGAUUUUGGUGUACAAUAUACAAUUUUGAGAUGCCUUUUAGGAUUUUACGAGGGCACAUGUCAGAAAUACAAUUUAUGAGACGCGAUUUUUAACAAAAAUAUUCUGGUAGUCUUGCAUUUACAUAAAAAAAUAAUAAUACAUUCAUUUUUUAUUGUAGUGUUAUUUUUAGCUUUUACACCCGGCAGUGAAUGGGCCAAGAAAGAAUACGAUUGGUCGGUGACCAUUAUAGUAUAAAAGUUCUAGAAAAUAUUUUUUGAAAUAUAUUUUAGAACACAAAGAAAAUGGAUCUCAAUAAAUUUUGUUUUAUGCUGAACCGACUUAGAGUUUGAACAAUACGUUUCAGCAAUAAUUUUAUUUUGACCAGUGACAGACUGCGAUAAUGUGAUCUGCAUGCACACCCAAAUUUUUAUAGAAGAUACACACCUGCAAUAUAAAAUUCAGUCAUCUACUUUGGAAGUGACCUAUUUUUUUACAUCAUCUUGCCGGCUUGACACCCAAUGCAAUGAGUUAUUGUAUAGAUUAAACUAUUUAAUUCAUUUGCUAUUCCGAGACGAUAUUGUAUAAUUUUGGGCAUUCAAGGGUAACCAGGUCUGUGGUAAUGGGAUAAGUGGCUAUGGAAAUGGGGUAAAUGGCCAUGGUAAUGGGGUAAGUGGCUAUGGUAACUGUCAUUGUAUUUUGACUUUUGAUCAUAGACAAGUGUAUGAUUCACAUUGUCUUUGGAUCAUGGACAUGAUUAUAUAUACUGGUACCAUAACAUGACUAUAUACUAUAACAUUACAAUAUACCAUAACAUGACUAUAUGCCAUAAGAUGACUAUAAACCAUAACAUGACUGUAUACCACACCAUGACCAUAUAUUAUAAGAUGACAACAUACCAUAACAUCACUAUAUACCAUAAUAUCACUAUAUACCAUAGCAUGACCAUAAAUUAUAAGAUUACUAUAUACCAUAAGAUGACUAUAUACCAUAAGAUGACUAUAUGCCACAUAUAACUUGAUUAUGUUGCAGGACUCAGGGAGGAGAUGGAGCUCCAUUCAAGCGCGAGAGUUUGCUCACCUCCAUACAGCUUUGGCUUUGCUCAUUCUAAACUGUGAUGUCAAGGCUUAUCAGACCCAUGGUCAGUCUAUUUUGGCCUAUAGAAUAUUAUAAGUAAUAUAAGACACAUGGUCAGUAAUUUGUGCCUAUUAGACCCGUGGUCAGUAAUUUGUACCUUUUAGACCCUUGGUCAGAGAUUUGUGCCUAUCAAACCCAUGGUCAGUAAUAUAUGACCAACGGUCAGUAAUUUGUGACCUAUAAGUAGUAUAAGACCAAUGGUCAGUAAUUUUGCCUGUAAACUGUAAGUAGUACAAGACUAAUGGUCAAUAAUUUGUGACUAUAAGACCUAUGGUCAGUAAUUGAUGCCUGUCAUACCACAGACUGGCCAUACUACAGGCCAUGGCCAUACUACAGGCCGUGGCCUUACUACAGACUGUGGCCAUACCAUGUUAGCUUGGUAAUAAUGCUGGCAUUUAUCUAUCUGCUUAGAUCCUGGUGAGUUUGGAGAGCGGAAGCCAUCCACUGUACAGCCACACAUCUUUCUCAAGAUGUCCCAGGAAAUGAGUUCAUAUGUGUUUGGUGAAGAGUCACAUAGGUACAUCAAGGAGGUAAGAGUCACAUAAGUACAUCAAGGUGGUAAGUUUACAUAGUUAUGUCAUUGGUGUAAAAGUUACAUAGGUAUAUUAAGAGGAAAGAAUGUAAAAUUUGUUAUGAAAAUGUUAUGUAAGUAAAAAUCAUAGUGAACAUGUUAUGUAAGUAAAAAUUAUAGUGAACAUGUUAUAUGUGUUCAUUUUAUAUUAAACAGGUUAUAAUGGGUGUACGUGAGUUAUCAGGUGGUACACUGGACUCCCUUUUUGAUAUGUUGACGUACUGCAGUUACUGUAACCUUCCAUUUACCCAGGCGAUACUUAAACAGAUUAUGGUAUGUAAAUCUGAAUUAUGGUAUGUACAUCACUAUUUACAUCUGACUUAUUGUAAUUACAUCUGACUUAUGGUAUGUACAUCACUAGUUUAAUCUGACCUAUGGUAUAUACCUCAAUAGCUACAUCUGACUUAAGGUAUGUACAUCACUAGCUACAUUUGACUUAUGGUAUGUACCUCAAUAGCUACAUCUGACUUAUGCUAUGUACAUCACUAACUACAUCUGACUUAUGGUAUGUAUUUCAAUAGCUACAUCUGAAUUAUGGUAUGUACAUCACUAGUUAAAUCUGACUUAUGGUAUAUACCUCAAUAGCUACAUCUGACUUAUGGUAUGUACCUCAAUAGCUACAUCUGACUUAUGGUACGUACAUCACUAACUACAUCUGACGUAUGGUAUUAUCUCAAUAGCUACAUCUGACUUAUGGUAUGUACCUCAAUAGCUACAUCUGACUAUGGCAGUUACUCCACCAUUUAGUCAGCAUCAUAGUUCGGAUCGACUGUAUCAGUUGUUAAAAAUCUGACCAAUCACAUGAUCAUUAUAAACAUUCAAUUUAGCGCUCUACAGUAACCAAGGUUUCCAUGUAUUUUGAAUGCUGUUUAUCUUCUCCCUCCAGUGGCAGUAUUCUAACAUUGCUUCCAAUGAACUGAAGCCCAUCUUCUCCCUCCUGACUAAAAUACUGGUAAAUAAUAUAAGCCUGUCACAAAUAACGAAUUUAUCCAUGAUAAGAAAUCAACAGGGCCUAAUUUUACCUGUGUAAAUAUUUAUGCCAUGUUCCAACAUACAUGAAUUAUGGUCAAGUUAAGACCAUUUUUUUAAUGUCCACAUUUUCUAUUGCAUCCAGAUGCUUGAGGACCCCUUGCAAACUAUCAGACUACAGUAUGUCAUUGAUGGCAUUUUGGAUGACAAUGGAAAGAAAUUUGAAGGUUUGACAAGUAAGUCUUUAUUUAACUUCUACCGUCCCAUUCUUGUCAACCUCCGACAAGUAAGUCUUUAUUUAGCUGCUGCCAUCUCACUUUUGUCAACCUCCGACAAGUAAAUCUUUAUUUAACCUCCACCAUCUCAUUCUUGUUAACUUCUACCAUCUCAAGAUUUUGCCCAUCUUCUCUUCCCCCCACCCAGAUGUUAUAAGGUUGAAUCAUGUGUCAGACAGUCGCAGGUCCUACCAGUGCAUCAAGUUCCUGGUGGCUCUGAUGAGCAAGUCAGCAGUAGCUAAAGACUUUCUACUUAAGACACCAUCAAAAUGGCAGUGGGCAGUCAACUGGCUCAAAAAGAAGGUAUACAUUCGGUAGAGUUUACAUUUUGAGGAUGGUCAAAGUAUUGUAAGGUUACCUCAAAGUAAGUUACCCCAGAAGGUUGCAUUUGGAAGUGUUAACAUUUUGAGGAUGGUAAAAGUAUUGUAAGGUGGCCUCAAAGUAAGUUACCCCAAAAGAUUAAGUUACCUCAAGGUCAUAGUAAGAUAAACUUAAAAGUAAGGUAACCUCAAAUUAAGAUACCCCAAAGAUAGUUACCAUUAGGAUGUUACAUCAAGGUAAAAAAAACAACCUAAAGGUUAAGUUACCUCUAGGUAAGACGAUGUACCUUAUAGCUUCCUGGUGUUUAAGCAAAGACCAUUGAUCAGGACAUUUUACAUUUUGAUAGAUCAGGACAUUUUAAAUUAUGAUAGAUCAUGUACUUUUUACAUUAUGAUACAUCAUGAACUUUUUACAUUAUGAUAGAUCAUGAACUUUUUACAUUAUGAUAGAUCAUGAACUUUUUACAUUAUGAUAGAUCAUGAACUUUUUACAUUAUGAUAGAUCAUGAACUUUUUACAUUAUGAUAGAUCAUGACAUUUUAAAUUAUGAUAGAUCAUGACAUUUUACAUUAUGAUAGAUCAUGACAUUUUACAUUAUGAUAGAUCAUGAUAUUUUAAAUUAUGAUAGAUCAUGACAUUUUACAUUAUGAUAGAUCAUAACAUUUUACAUUAUGAUAGAUCAUGACAUUUUACAUUAUCAUCAAUUUUUAAUUCGUUUUUGGAUGUCCUCAUGAAUUUACAAAAUAAGUUUUAAAAUGUAGGUUUUUAACCAAAAAAGCUUCAAAAAAUGAAGAAAAAAAAUUUUUUUAGAUUACCAGGAAGAAACAUAGCUGCUACUCACAUUAGUCACUAUUGGUCUACAAAUGCCAUAAAUACACACAAUGGUAUAGACAAAUGUUUCCAAGAAAUGAAUUUCAACUGCUGUUCCACACAAUGCUGCAUGCUUCUGAACCUGAUGGGCAAGGAGCAGCUGACAAUGAGCCCCUUGUGUCACAGCUGGUGGAUGUCCUCCUGACUUAAACAGUAGUGGAUGUCCUCCUGACUUAAACAGUGUUUGGUGUCCUGCUGACUUAAUCUGAAGUCGGUGUCCUCAUCUCCUAAGAUUGAUCAAGGGUUUAGUCAAACAAAAAUGUCAGCAGCUUUUUUUCUUUUUUCAGAUGAGUGACCACAACUAUUGGAGUUCAACUUCAUCACAAAGUCUUUCAAAUGAGGAUUCCAAUCGCAAGUCUUUCCAGAGGACUCAGAGUGCUCAGGUUGGUUUUCCCAUAUGUGGCAGUCUAUUUUAGUUAUAGUAUCUACGAGUCCAGCUGCCAUAAGGCGGGGCCAUUCAAAACGCUGCCCUUAAACUGAUUUUAAAUGGCCCACCACAGCUUGAGAAACUUUUAUGUGGAGGGUGAAAAUAUUUUCCAAACGCUUGCAUAGACUCAGAGUUGUUGGAAAAUCAUGUGAGAGCACACGAGAGGUUGUUACCUGGAAAAGGAGGGAGGUCACAAAAGCUAAGAAGUGGGAUGGCUCAACAGGUAGCAGUGAUUUAUGUUAAGCACAUCAGCAGAGCAACCAUUUGGGAAUCUGGUUGACAUAAAAUCGGAUACUAUCUUCUCUUUUUUCAUGUUGCUUGUACAGGGGAGAUGUCAUGGCAGGGUGUCAGAUAUAAUUACUAAUGGCACUGGGACAGAUGCUUGUACAGGGAAGAUGUCAUGGCAGGGUGUCAGAUAUAAUUACUAGUGGCACUGGGACAGAUGAAUGGGGAAACCAAAAUUAACUUGAUGUGUAGCUGUUUGGUCAUUGUAAAAAUAUCCAUGUCCCCACCAUUGGGACCAAUUUAGAUGAAAUAGAUGGGUGAACACAGCAGGUAAACUACUACGCUUUGUGGGAUAAUAAUAAUAUGACAGUAAAGUCAUCAGAGCAGUGGCAUAGGAAUGGGUGUGGAGGAGCAUUCCGCCUCAGGCGGGCACUUUUUUCUUCAUAUGGAGGGGUGGCAUUUUCGUGGACAGGAGGUGGCACAUAUCUUGGCCUGCCCCCGAGCGGCACUAACUCUAGCUAGGCCACUUGGUCCUAGUAAUCAAAAUGGGAGCUGAGAUAUUUGAGGUGUUACAAUGACUACGGUAGGCAGUGUGAACCGUUUAUGAUUGAUGUCUUAUCGUGAUCUUGGGGACAAGAACCUGGUAUUGAAAGAUCUGAGCAUAAGAUGUGCAAUGACUAGAAAGCAGGAUACAAGAAGUGUUUGUUUGUAGUUAUUGCGAUUCAGUCAGAGGGGAAUUGUGAGACAGUAAGAACAAUUCUUGAAAGUUUUUUUUUUUAAACAAACCUAAGAACUCAUGGCCAAAUAAAUUCUGGAUGAAGUCAUGUUUCUUCUGAUGGAUUUUCACAACUAUGGAAAUAUGAUUAAAAAAACAUUUGACCAUGUUUUUGGAAGCACCGUACAUCAGUGAAGCCAUAUUCUCUGUACUGGCCAACGUCAAGUCCAAAGAACGUAACACUUUGGUGAACAUUAAAAUAUCUAAUGAGGGCAGGUUCUACUUAUAACUAUCGCUACCUCAAAUUAAAAAAAAUUGUUAUAUUCUUGAUGAGCUGAUAAUGCUAUUGGAUCUAAUACUCUUUAUGACUUUAUGCUUACGGUAAGACGUCAUGAUAAUGAGAGCAAUUUUCUUUUUAAAAAAUUUUUAAUCUUUCUGUUGCGGCCCUGUGGUUCGCAGAAAAUUUUUUUUUUUUUUUUUUGGCCCCUUAGUAUCCACAACCCCCUACUACCCACAACCCUUUAAUACCUAAAGCCCCCUACUACCCACAGCCCCUUAAUACCUGCAGCCCCCAACACCCACAGCUGCCAAACACCCAGAGCCCUCCAACACACACAGUCUAAAAUAAGAUUGGUCUUUUUUCAGUACACACUCCAGGAGGCCACAGCUUUACUGACAGAGAUUGAGAAUCAGGAGUUCAACAACAACAACAUCAGUGAUAAUGAUGUAGAUAUCAACCUGACGGCAUUCACGGGUGCAGAUGUUAGUGUGACAGCCAACAUUGCGGUGGACAAACCGUCGGCGAGCACAUCAACUGUCAACACCACUUGGACAAAUACGGAACAGCAGACAUCUCCACUGGGAAAGACGGAGGACCCCAGCUUGGACAUAGACUAAAAUUAUAGAAGAUACAAGAUUGUGCAUAGACUAAACAUUUGGAAAUAACAAGAUUGGAUAUAGAAGAUACAAGAUUGGACAUAGACUUAACAUAAUAUAGAAGAUACAAGCUUAGAGGAAGUUUGAACAUUUUAUUCAAAUAAAAGUGUACACAGAUGUAAAUUUAUAUUUCCCUUUGAUGCUGUUAGAUCAGAGAAAUGAUGUGUCAGAUUUGAUGACCUAAUGGGUCGUGUCAUCUGAUAAGUCGCUAUCAGGUCAGCUGAUAAGAUGAUAUGUAAGGUCAGCCUAACAUGAUGCUGGAAAAUUCAUAGCUUUGCAUAUCUUUUAUAUUGUGAAGCAAUGUCCAUUCUGGCAACUUGACGAUGCCUGUUUAUUGGAGCACUAACAGCUUGUGUCCUGAAAUCAUUGUAAGCGAUUCAGUCCUAGACAUAACAACAAGAUCAGAGAAGCUUUCACAGAAAAAAAAUCCAGUGGAAAUCCUUGAUCCACUUAAAUCGUCUUCAAGAGAUCAGAGUUUGAAGAGAUCUCAUUUUAAAAGCAUAGGUGGUUUGGGAUUUAUAAAAAAAAUAGAGGGGUUUUUAGAUGUGAAACAAAAUAAAAGGUUUCAGAUAUAGUAACAAAAGGGUUUUAAAUGGAUUUUAUGACUACAGAGAGGGUGGAAGAUGUUCACAUUUUAAAGUAUGCCCUUCUGCAGAUUUUAAUUUUUUUUUUUUUUUUAAUUCUCCCUGGGUGGGGAUCGGAGUGUUCUAAUAAAUCUAUAAAUGAUUCGGAACUCUCUUUUUGAUGAAAGUUAGAGAAGAUGUUGUUUUAUCUUGUAUAAUAAGUUUAGCUCAUCAAGUUAGAGAAGAUGUUUUAUCUUGUUUAGCUCAUCAAGCUUUCAACUUUUUAAAACUCUCGUUGUACCCGGAUCAAGUGCACUCAAUAAAUGCUGGGGCAGAGUUAUGGACUUUCUCUAUUUUUACAUGUCAAAGAGCUUACAAAUCCCUGUGCAAUUCUCCCUGCUUGUUAUGUAAAUAUUUUUACUGUUUGCUAGAAAUAAAACAAAUGGUUUUUUUUUUAGAGGUUCUAUUAUCUGAUCAUAAAUGUGUGUACAUGUGCUGACUGAUUUAGCCCAUAAAUGUGUGUACAUGUGCUGACUGAUUUAGCCCAUAAAUAAAUGUGUGUGCCGGUACACAUGAUGAAUGAUUUUAAUUGUAAAUGAUGUUUACAGUUGUCACUUGUUUCAACUGACCAGUUGUACUACAGCAGUUGAUACCAACAAGGAGUUUAGAGGUUAGUUUAAAGUAAGGUAUUUACUUGUCAUGUGACCAUAACUUUAAGAAAUGGUGGUGACCUAAUGCAUAGGGGAGAUUACUAUCUUUGUGCCAACCCCUUGUUCCAAGUAUUUGAAACACUGCACUACUCUAUGCCAUAUGUAAUCAUGAUAUGCAGUUGAUGUCAACCAUUUUAUCAUGUCAUAAUCUUGAUUAUAUAAAUAUAGAAUAUACAUAAAUCAAACAUGUCGAAUAAAAAAUAUGAUUAAAACAUUUAUGCAGUAACCAAUGAGACAGACAUUUUCAUGUGGAAUCUUUAGUUUUAGUGAGUUGUGGCCCUUAUUUGUUUUACAUCUUAUUGAUAUUGAUAGAUAGCAUUACAAUUAUAGACCAGACAGAGAUUUAUUAACUUUGCAAUAGAAGCACAGAUUCAUUAAGAUUAGAAUACACCCACAAAGUUAUUAACAAUAGAGUAGACAGACACUGAUUUUAUAACAUUAAAAUUACAAUAGACACACAGAUUUGUUCAAUAUAAACUUGAACUAAAUAUUUGAAUUAAAUAAAUCAAUAAGAC